GGCUACAUGUGAUGAGGUUUUCAGACUGCAGUUUAUGUGGAUGGACAGAUGAAGACAGGAGGAGAAGUUCAAGGUCAGGUGUGGGAUGUUUUUUCACGAGCCUGAGAGGAGAUGGUUUUCUCAGUCCAUGUGGAUUUGUCCAUCGUUUGAGCCCCUGUUUUCUCUCUGCCUUUUCCUUUUUUCAUUAAAGAUGGGGGACAAAUUAGAGGAGAGAUGGAUGGCCUGUCCCGCCUUCAGGAUGCUUCUUCACGCAGGCAGGCAUGCGCACUGGCUACAGACACAGAUAUAGACAUAAGAUGUGUGUGUAUGAUUGUGUGUUGAUGCACAUUUUCAUUUGUGGUCUUGGUUCUAUCUUUAGCGUACUUUGUUUGUUUUUGGUCUCUCUUUCACCCUGCUUUCUCUGACCAUCAAGUAGACUUUGAAAACCAGAGCGUGGGUUAGGGUUUUCACAACCCUGGCUCCAUGUGCUUAAGUACCGCAUAUUACUCACACGGCCAUGUGUAAGUACCCACUUACACACACACAAAGACACACGCAAACCACCCUCAUCCAGCUAAUGGACCAGCCUGUCUCUGCCUUUGCUUGGCUUAUAUUUCACCUCAGUGAGGGAGGGAGCACAGCCAACAGGUCCAUUACCAAAGGAAGAGAGAGAGAGUGAGAGAGAGGGAGAUACAGAUUGUGAGGAGGGGGAGGAAAAUAACAGAAAGAGGGGCGGGGAUACGGUUGCAGGCGUACUGCGGCAGCAGCCCAGCGGCAUGACGUGAUAAAGGAGUGAAAUGACAGAGACACACACACACACGCACGCUGGCAGCUCAGAGACCUGCCAGGCAAAAGUAGAAGGAGGCAAAGGCGAAGGACUGAGAGAGACGCACUCGGCAGCAUACAAAUCAGAGACAAACUCACUUGCUGCUUUGUAUCCUGAUGCUGGCAGAGGGUGAGUGUUGCCUUGUGGUCUUUUUUAAUUUAUUUUAUAUCGCUAUUUUCAUGUGACUGUCACUGCAGUUCUCCCCUUGUUUGUUAUUGUGUACUAGAGACUAAAAUCAGACAAAUAAGAACAUUGUGUUUUCAAAGAAAGAUCAAAUUCUCAGGGAUGACACAGUCAGCAGUGCGAUGUAGGCAUUGCUGUACAGUGACAGAGAGAGGUUAAAGCAAAGAAAGGCAGAGCUUAAGUGGGAUGAAAAGAGGGGUAGAGGGGGUGAUAGAGGUGGGGGUAUGUACGGUAACCAGGGAUGACAUGAUGCGAUCAGCCUGACUCAGCAUUGUAAGUCUGUAUGACUUGGUGCAGCAUGUAAUAGAUACAUCGCUUAGUGUUUCCACAGUGCCGCCAGCCAGGUGAUGUGUGUAAGAUUUGUAGUAGUGAACCGGAUUGAUGAAGAAAGUUUGUACACACAUGUUAGUGUUUAUGUGGUUGGUAGUUUGAUUAUGUUUCUCCUUGUUUAUGUGCGGUUUCUUGUGUUUGUCUCUCAUUGCUGCAAUAAUGAGAAGGUGGAGAGUGGACCUGGUGUGUCAGACAGAAAUGACUUCCCAAAGUUGUGUGUGAUUCAGAACCACUCCACUGAAAUCUUGUUGAACUUCUUAACGGAUGAAACUUUACUGCGCUAAAUUUAAAACCUCAUAAAACAAACUCAGUCCAUUUAAUGUUUCCCCUCAAAAAUAUAUCCGGACAAAGCUGAAACCAAAACAGUAAAGCAGUUUUACUGUGUUCUUGUGCAGAAGAAACAGAAAGUCUUUAACUUUAUGAUGUGGCAUCUCUGAGUAUGACAGAAUGCGUGUCACUGCAGGUCACUGUGGGCCAAGUACAUUUCCAUUUGGGUCACUGACUCAUUGUAACAUAAACAGUCUUUAUUUCAUUGUGCAGACAUUUGUUGUGUGCCUGAAGUUGCGAUUCUUUCAGCCAAAAGAUGAGAACACUGAUUUUAUCAAACAAAGUCACUUUGAAAAUGACUCACUUUGGUAACGAGGUGCUGUGAUUGGCUGAAAACGACGUUCCUGUUUGUCACAGCUUCCUGUCUCGAUGAAUGGCGAGGCACUGUGGACCAAUGAGAGGGCAGCGGUGAGGAUGCAACAGUGAUCCAGGAAAAAACACCCCAUUGUUCCUGGGCCGUCUGUGGAAGUGUGACCUCGCUCCUAGUGGCUCUGUCGACUCAUUGAGCGGCUCACUGAAGGACCCCAUUGACAGGUAAGAGAGCUGAUCUGGGACAUGACAUCUCAAAACAAGCAGAUCUCACUUUCCAGAUGUUCUUUUUUGAUCUUCUCUUUUAAGAAAUUCUGCCUUUCUUAGAGUCUGUUCUGUAAUUUUGACUCUUUUUGCUCCACUGUGUCUCACUAUUCAGUGUCAGAUGAUUAACGGCAGCAAGUUGCCGCUGUCUUUUUGGUUGUAGUCAUUAGUAAGGUAAUUAGAUUCAUUCAUCAUACAGUUUCGUGACGGGGUGACACGCAGAAACACACACAGGCGGCUUCUAAUGUCCUUCAGCUCACAGACAGAGAGGCCUGUGUUACCACCUCAUUUAUUGAUUUUGUGAUGAGUCAGAGGGUUCUCAUCACAAGGGAGAGGUUGUGUGUUUCUGUUUGUCUCUGAGAGAGAGGGAAGGUAUGUUUCUUUGAUUAGGGGUACAGAAACUCAAUUCGGACUGAAUGUCAUGGGAUAGAGAAGUUAAAAAGGUUAAAUGUAAUUAUGAGAGGCAUGUAAUGUAAGCUGCCACGCUAUUUCCUAUUUUCCUCUUCCUAUAAAAAGUAUAAAGUAUUUUUUAAUGGCUGAAGUGUCUAAAAUGAUCUCACAUUAUCUUCACUUUCUUGGCAGUGAACAGAGAAAGACAAAAAAUAGGGCUGAAUCAGAGUUGAGGAAAAUAAUCCUAUCUGCUGAUGCCGCUGUUACACACAGUAUCCAGCAGGUGUCAGCACAUCCUUGUUAAACAACAAAGAGGUCUCCUGCCAUAAAGAGGAAAGCUCAAAAUUCACAUUGAAAAGUAAUCUUUGAUUGUAUAUUCCUUCCAUGUAAAAAGACAUAUUUAGCUUUACAUUUUAAAGAUUAUAACAUAAAGCCCAUGAAAAUCAAAAAUAUAGUUUUUAUCAAAUAAUUUAAGACACAGAAAUACCCAGCAUCUGAAAUGUAAAUUCAUAUGGUAUUUCAUUCUUUUACCAUAAAUCACUGUCUGAAGUAGCUGAUGGAAAGAAUUAAAUCUCUUCAUGAUAAUUUAGUUGUUUACAGUGCAACUGUGUUCAGUUUGAUCCACGUUUUUCCCUCACUUGGGUGACCAUAGGUCCCCUUUUAGCUGGACAUGUCCUCUUUUUGGGGGGCUGUCCGGCUUUGUCCAGCUUUGUUCGGGGGACUUUAUAAAAUCCUUCAAAUGUCCAGGGUUUUGUAUGGAAAUUUCGAGUUUGUGUCGCGUGGACUUACUGAGAUAGAAGUGCGUAAAAAAACACUCGACCCGACCAGAAAAACUCUCAAAAUUAACUUUGCGUGACUCCGUGACUCCACCCCAGAAUACUCAGAAUAUGGUCACUAUACCAUCUCACAAAGUCUUUAUGUUCACUAAAACUUUACUGUAUUUUUAAUCAUUUUUUUAACUUUAAUAUUGCACAAACAGCAAAGCAAUUCGAAUCAUGUGGCUGAUAGCAACAGCAUUUACUCUAUAUCUCCCAUUGAAAUCGAAUUUAAUCCUGAGGGUUGACUUGAAGACCUCCUGGCCUGUAAACUGAGUGAUCUUUUUACUAUGUCCUGAUUUUUUAUGUAAGAUCUAUUUAGUCAUACUAUGAGAGCAAUGACAGAUGGACAAAUCAAUAUUGAUCCUACAUGCAAACUCAACUACUCACUUAAUUUUACAAACAUUUCUUAGCACCAGACUUAUCCAUUCACCCCCAUUGGCAGAAACUAAGCCAGUAAUUGCAUUUUUUUACAUUUGUUUCCUCUACUUAUUUCUUGAAAAGUCAUCAGCAGUUUGACUUAUCAUGAGACUGCAGACUAAAUCAACAGUCUUGACAUUGUAAAUGUGCUUAUAUAACAGAUUGAUCUUCUCUUUAUGGUGUUUGAUCACAUGAUGCAGAGAAAGUCUUCUUAUGUGCAAAGGAAAAAUUGAUUUUCCAGUUUUAUCACUCGCAUACAGCUGCUGGUCUCACUCAGCACGGAUGUUUUAUUGUUUCUUGUUCUCCUCCGAUUUCAUUCUCUUUCUGCUGAUAUAAACCCACUGACACCCCCCCCACCAGCUGAGCCUCGCUCUGUGGUUAUGUGGGCUGCAGGAGUUCUGGUAUGACCCCCGUGUGCCCCCAGGGAACAGCCAAUUUCCAUACAGAUAGACACAGAACCAGACUGCACCUGUGCUCUAGGAAAUCCUAGCAGGAAUUGUAUCAGACAGAGAAAAAUUCUGAUGCUUAUUAGCGACUUGGCCUCUAGAGAAAUGGAAAGAAAGAAGAAGAGUGAGAUGAGGAGCGUGAGGAGGAAUUCAGGGAGAGAGAAAUGAGGAUGGAUGAUGGCAUCUGUCUCUGUUUACUUUCUGCUGCAUCACUGCUGCCAUGUGCUGCUGUGCAGAUCUUCAUCAGCAUGAGUCAUCUAUAAUAAAGCACCAGCUCUAGGAAAAAUACCCAAUUCUCUUUAGUCUGUGGAUGAAGGAAAGAAUUCCUACAUGGGAGAUGGUUUUUCCUUUAUUUGACACUUUGAGGGCUUUUGGGGGAUCUGUGUUGAGUUUUUGAGCCGUAGCAGUCAAACUCUUUCCUGUGAAGUGAUUCUGAAAAGACAGAGUGUCUGCUGAGACUGCGGGAAGAUGUGUGUGUUUGUGUGAUCCACUUUACACUGUAUGCAACAUUGCGAUUGGAUUUGCUGUCAAAUAAUCCCACAUUUUAUCCUCGUGACUUUGACGGUUUAAUUUGAUACAUCUCUGCUUUGCUAAAGACAGCUUCCCAAGAAGUCUUCUGGCAGUGAAAUGUCUGCUUUUUUAAAAAAAAGGGCAAGUAGGGAUCAGCGUUAAAUCAUAUGUUUACGAGUAAAUUCUUAAUUAUAAAAACACUUUUCUUUUACUGAAUUGUUCCACAAUGAAAGAGCGGCACAGGACGUAGAAAGUCAAACAGAUUAUAUAUACAGUAUAUACAACUCAUGGCUGUGUACAUGUUCCUAUCCAUGCUGAAUGAAACAGCAGCUGUUAACCUGCUCCUCCACAUCUGGACAGCAACAGCUGCAUGAUUUGUUUACCGUCUUAAAGGAGCAGGUCAUCUAUCCAGCUGAAGCAUAUUUCUCACUUCAAUUUUCAGCCUUGUGGGAAAAAUAAAAGAAAAUAGUUGUUAAUAAAGGCAUUUUUGCAGACUUGAACACUAUUUUGUACGACAGAGUAUAAGGGCCACAUUAAGAAAAAAAAUUUAAGACUUCAAGAUUAAUUUAUAAGAAUAAAGUAAUUACUUACGAGAAAAAAGUCGUAAUAAAGUCAUUACAUUCUGACCUGUUGCUUAAGAUGACAGUUGUUGACAUGAGAGCUAUGGAGUAUUUCAUGAAAAUAUACUUCAAUAUAGGUUUCUCAAACAAUGAGAUACUCAGUCUUUUGGCACAUCAGCACCACAUUAUCAUAAGUAUCAAAAUGUGUUAUUGCAACUUUAUUCUCGUAAGAAAUUAUUUUAUUAUGCAUUUAUUUUCUCAAGUAAUGAUUUAACGACUUUUUUCUCAUUAGUAAUGACUUUGUUCAUAUAAUCUCGAUAUGGCCCUUAUACUCCGUUGUAGUUCUGCACUUUAAACUCCUAAUAUUAUACACCUUUAUUUCUGUAUGCUUCUGUAGUAAACACAGAUGUUUAAUUUCUAACCUUAAAAGCAAACCUUAAAACAACCGAUCGUACAAAAAAUUUGUUCUUGAGAGAAAAAAAUGGACUUAAGAAAAAAAAAGUUCAAACUAAGUGAAUCUGCUUGAAAUCACUCUUCUUCCUCCUCUGAAUUGGCUCUUUUCUUGUAUUUAAUCGAACCAAAACGGCAAAAUUAGGACAGCAGGAAGUCUUCAAAGUUCAUCAGCUUCAAUAGUGUCCCUCAGUCGCCACAAUCUCUUUCCCUCCACACGUGCUUGUUCCUCCCUUUCCCCUCCCUUCCCGUCUUCCCUCCAACCUCAGAACCUCCUGCUUUCAUUCCUUUCAGAGCAGGAUACUUAAAUUAUAUGACAUUACAUGAAAUGUUUCACUUGAGCAACAUUCGCUGUGGUCUAAAUACAACAGACGGGCAAAAGGAACAUCCAGCCGACUCUCUUUGCAGCGAGAGGGUAACGAAAAACUGUGAAUGUGUGGAUUGAGAGCAACUCAGGUGAGGACGAUCCAACAUCCCCCCGCCUUUGUAUUUCAGUGGUGGUGUGUGUCCAUUCGAGCCUUCUGGAGUGCGUAUUUUAAUCUAUUAUGUGAGGAAAACCAGUUAUUUGAGAUUAUAACGCUCUGAAGCAGCUGGUCGAUGUUUGCUGUAAGCAUUUGUCCGUGUGUGUGAAGCUGUUUUUGUGUUUUGAACUCCCAGCAGGCAAAUUGGAUUGCGCGGGCGCUGCAUGCCUUACUGAAAAUAAGCUCAACUCGUGGUUUACCAUGACUCAGUUUGUCAUAUGUGCUUGAUUCACAUGGUUGCACAGCAUGGAUGUUGAAGUACUUCUGUGUUUGGAACAGCGAGCACUACUUUUACAUGAAAUUAGAUUACAUUAUGAAUGAGAGGGUAAAACCGUGUACUUAACCUCAAUCAGGAUAAACUCAUUUCUUCUUCGGAUGCCGGCUUAUUAGCAAUAAUUUGGGAAUAAAAACACUGGAAUCAGACUUUUAAACUCAUUAUAGGCAUCUUUCUUCUUGUGUUUCUCCAGCCAGUAUGAGUGGGGGAGUCAACGUGAAGUCAGCCCCUCGGGCUCCUACCUCAUCAGGGAUCCCCCUACCACACAGCCUGCUGCCCUCUUCUCCGAAAGCAGACACCCGCUGUCGGACUACUGGCCUGCCCAGGCCCUUAACUCAGACCCCCAAGCAUACACCCACACACACUCCCACACACACACCCUUACAGUCUCCCUCACUUUGCCCAAGGAGCUCCAGCAUCCCUGCGCCCCUCUCCAGGGACCCCGGCCUGAAAAGCCAGCUCUUCAAGCGGACCGGAGCUUUCCCUGCUCCCCAGGUGUCACGCUCUGCCUACAGCAGCCCAUCAAACCAGCGCAGGGUGCUGCCAGCUUACUCUAAAGACACACUGGAUCUCGCAAAAACUUCACCUCAUGUCUCCUCAAAGUUUUCACACGAUGGAAAUCGCAACAAAGACACUUUCACCAACAAGAACCAAACGUGGGCAGCCUGCCACAGCAACAGCAACCUGCGUCAGCCGCUUCAGUUCAGAAGAGGCAACAACACCAAUGCAUCCAUGUUAGCAAGUGAGGCCUUUCCUCAGAGAGAGGAAGAGCUCCCAGAGGAUAAACCACCCAAGUCUAUCAGGUUGAACAAUGGUAAUUUCCGCCCCAAUAUUGCGAAGACAAACUUUGAGCAUGCAAACAGAGGUCCCUGUGAUUCCACCAGCCAAUCAGAUGAGGAGAUGGGUACCCCCGAGGACAGCAGUCCCGCCUCCUCUCCUGUCCCCCUGCCGCUGCCACCAAUCAAUUUCACCAUGCCAGCCAAAUCCAGUGUGGCUGUUGAUAUGCAGGAUCAAAGCCUCGAUGAGGAGACCAUGUCCACAGAGACGCUCACACCGAGGGUCAACAUGGCGACUGUGGCUCCUUUCAGCUACAGGUAACACACACAAACAGCAUUUUUCCCCAAACCUCCUUCAUGAUCUCUCGAUUGUUGAUGCCCACAUUAAAACCAUUUUCCUGUUAUUUUAUUGUUAAAUUUAACCACUUUAACUUUACACACACACACACACUGACACACAUUUUGAGCUCCAUUCUGAGUGCUAGACCCCAGAGGGCUGUGGUGACCAUAUCAGCCUAAUUCCCCUCGAUCUUAUCCAGCAAUACAUGUGUGCGCAAGGAUACACACACAUACACACUUGCUUGGUGUUUUCUGGAGCAGAGUUGAUUGUUCAAGUGUCCUUUUGACCGCCCCUGGGCUGACUCAAUAUAUUGUUCUCUCCCUCACUCACACACACAUAUAUAUAGUUGCUCAUGACUGUGUGGGAUGAAAGAAGAAAAAGUGAAUUUAAUAUAGUAAGUUAAAAAAAUAUAUGGUGUUUGAUGUGUGCUGCUCAGUGGUGUAUGGUGUUGUAGUAGAAUAAAUCAAUCCAAGAGGAAUAAAUCAAAGUAUUUGAAGAGUGAGCAUGUUGGAAAUUCAAGUUAAGUGCUAUAACCUUCCUCCUGUGUAAGCUUUUACUACGCACCUACUAUGUUAACGGGUCAUUUUCGACCCGUGUCUUAAAUCAGCAGCAUUUUGCUUAUGAUGUUUUUUUUUUUUUUUUUUUUUUUUUUUUGGGGGGGGGGGUCUCUGGGCCUUUCUUUGUCAGUGUACCCCUCAUACAGACAUCUAUACUGAAUUGAUCUCACAUGUCUGGACAUGCCCAACAUUGUUUUUUGUGCAGGAAAAAACAUGGCAAAAUGAGAAUGCCCCAUAUCUCACAUGAUUGAAAGAGGAUCUGACCGUUAGUGUGGUGCCUGACAGUGCACUUGUUUUUUUAGUUUUUGCUCUGAUUAUUAGAUAUUGAUCAUACCGGGUCAACAGUGACCCUAUCACGACAAGUGCUAUAAUUUUAAUAAGAGCAUUUUAUAAUUUAGUCAAUGUAAUUUUUUUGUUUUUAAUGUUGAAAUCAGGGUUCUUGACAAAGUCAACAAGUGUUGAUAUGAAAAAGCUAAUUUAGGUGGUUCUUUUAAGCAUUUAAAAAUAAAAACUUGUCAGUGCAGACCCUGACAAAGGAGGAGGGUUAUUUUUUGAGUUUCUCUCUCGCUCAAAGUGUUUUAAUUGUUUACAUUGUGUUAUUCAUUCAUUUUGUUUGUUUUAUCUGCACUUAUGGAAGUCAAUAUAACAAGUCAGCAAGAAGUCAUUACAUUUCUUCCACUGUCACACAUAUCUAAAAGUUUAAAUUCAUGAUGUGUCAUAAAUUUGAGUUUCGUGUAACCAGAUAUGUGACAAUUGGCUCUGUGAUGUUUUUUCCCAUGCAGGGUACAAGUGCUGGAGAGUGAUUAUUUCAUUGAUGACCUGAGUGACUGCUCAUCUGGAUCCAUUGAAGUGUGCUGUGAUGACCUAACACCAGGUUAGACAUACUCACAUACACAGACACACACAAACAGUAACAAUGGCAUUAGUUUUACCAGGUGCUUAACAAGAAAUAUUUGAUACUGUGGAAAUCAAAAACAUUCAGCUGAAAAAGAAAAGGGUUGGUGGUCUACUUGCUGGGCUGCUUCUGCCUGAGAAGCCUCACACAACACUCGAGUGGAUCUAGUUGGGUCAUCAGCUGUUUCACUCCUUUAACCCCUGUACAUCUCCUAGUGGCAGAGCGAUGACAGAGAUUGCUCCCCUUGCACUCCAAGCUGACAGUCUAGGUGUUGCUCAGCAUGUCAGCUUUCUCCUUCACUGAAGCUGCUUGUUGUGUUGACGGGAAAAACACUCACUACUAAGAAUUUAUCAGCUCUGAUUUAUCAAUGCUGAUACUGGUGGUGGUGACUGUGUAAAAUCUUUCUUAUUUAAUCAGUCAGCUGAGUUUUAAAUGGUGUUAAAUGGAAAAUGAAGCUAGCAGCCCACCUUUGGGUCCCGUUGUCUGACCUAAAUAGAGUCACUGAGGAGUAGGGGUCAGCCAUUCUUUCUUAAUGUUUGUCUGUCACGCUCUUCUCCUCAUGAGUAGAAAAGCCAUGGCUGAAAGUGGUGCGGUUGUGUGUGAGUGUGUGUGUGUGUGUGUGUGUGUGUGUUUGUGUGUCAGCCUGAGGCUUUGCUGACUGCAGUAGUUCCUAUAAGAAGAGAUGGAAAAGAGAUGUGCUCAUGAAAGAAGAUGACAGGGCGUGAUGUGGGUCAGUAAUGGGCUGGAAUGGGGUCCUCCUCUACAUGCUGACAGUGUGUAUUACAUGCACAUUGAAUUCAGCUUUACCCGUGAGCUGUCAAGAAGUUUGAACUUUCUCUCCUCUCCUCCAUCUCUUCUUUACCUCCCCCUUCAUUACUCCCUUGCAUUUUCAUUGACCUAAAAAAGCCACAAUCCCACUGUGACCCUCCUCCCUCCCUGUCCUUUUGAGUAAUGGUUUACGCUGCACCCACAGCUCUAGUUAGGCAUUGUGGUGGUCAGUGUGAGUGGAGGGAUGUGGACAGGCUCAGAGAUAUGACUUAUCAGGCGGUUAGUGAAUCAUUCUUUUUGAUGCGGUGUCAUUGGGACGGAAGGAGAUUAAGCAUCCGGCUAAAAUAUGUGCAGUCAAAGUUGGUGUUUACUCAAAGUUAAUGGACAAAAUACCUGCUAGCUCAUUUAUCUAUGAUGGUGAAGUCAUAACAUUUGGACUGUAAUUGCUUUUUAUCUGUCUGGCAGUUUUCCUGCCCAUUUGGUUUGAAAUGAAACUUGACACUGGGUUUACGUCUUUGCUUAUUUCCAGUUUGAAAGCUAUUCGCAGGUUUUUCUCAGAUGGUUAUUGUUAUUAUCAUCACGCCUCUCAAUUUUGAAAGACAAAGUAGCAGGGCAGGGAUCUUAAACACAAAAACAAGGUCAAGAGAUUUGCAAAAAUGUUCAAAAUUGUACAAAAAACAUUUUCAAAGUGCAAAAAAAGGGACACAAACCCUUUAUAUGAUGUUAAGAUGUUUUUUUUUACUGGCUCACCAUCGUUGGACUUCACACUCUUGACAGGUGUUUAAUAUCUCUGCUGCACUGAUAACCGUUUCCUUUAAAUCAGCAUCAAUACUCUACCUCGGUUGAUGAAUAACUUGACCUACUUUUGAACCACUUUGCCUUACAUGAUUAUGGUGUCCUUCUAUAUCUCUGGCACCAUAGUGGCCAGUAUUUGCAGGGUUUUGUCAAAUAAAUACACUCUAGCUUUGCAGAGAAGUGUGUGAACAAACACUGCAUUUAAUUCCUAAGCAUCAAAGGUCAGACAAUACCACUUUUUAGAUGUAUUUCAAGGGCUCAAUGUAGUGAUACUAAUGCAUGUAUCAUUAUAGUUCAGUUCAGUUCAGUUCAGACAACUUAAUUUAUCCCACAGGGGGCAAUUCCUUUGUGGCUUUCCAGUGUAUAUUCAUUCAUUUGUACAGUCAGUCAAUAACAUACAUAAAUAAUAAUUCAGUCAAGUAGCAUGUAUAGGCAUGGGACAGAGGGGGAUGUCGGGAGUUUUUAAGUAGCCUAUGUAUAUAAAUCAUAUAGGGCAAAAUAAAAUAAGAUAGAAACAAAGAUUAGAAAAAAAGAGUGAGCUCAUAGUGACCUCAUUUAACUUUUAUUUUAUGUAAGAUGAAUCAAUGAAACUGAUUACUUUUUAAUUGUACAUUAUUGGCCACUAUAAAAGCACCCCCCAAAUUUAUAUUUUCUGUGUUUGACCUUUAAUGUGAGGCUGAUAGCUUGGAGGGAAAGAUGGAAAACCUGCAGCGGAAAGUGAAGAUCAUGGAGAAAACCAAUAUUCAGACAGAUAAAAGGGUGUUUGAUUUAAGAUGGGAUCCACUGAUUUGAAAUAAAGAAAGAUUUUACAGUAGCUAUCCAUAACCUCCAAGACUCUAUCAGUAACAGCUGAGUUGAAAUUCGAGUUGUCUGUACUGCUGAUCCAGCAUGAUGAAAACUGUGGCCACCACUCUGGAGCUGUUUGCAAAUAAAACCUUUUAAAAGCUUUUUGGAGGUUUCAGCCAGCUGCUUGUGGAAAGGGGGGGAUGAGAGAGCAUGGUAGACCAACCCUGGUCUUUAGAGGCCUCAGGCUGUCUCAAGACUGUGGUUGUGGCCUUGUAAUUGGUCCCUAAAAGGCGUUAGAAACAGAACUGAUGUGUCUCAGACUCCUCAGAAGCUGCAUUUACAUGGAGGGUGGGCUGACACUGUAAUAACUGUAAUUUAGGGAGCCGAGGAAGGGAGGGAAAUAGGGAGGGAGGGAAGGAAGAGAACGAGCGAGAGGGGCGAGACAUGAAAAGACGGGAACUGAUAAGGUCAGCGGGUUGAUGGAUUUUGUUUUUGUUGAGAGGAAAGAGAACAAAGGGCAAAUGUGUGCGCAGUGAUAAAAGACAGAUUGACAUUUUGAUAAAUCUUUCAUAUAGAGUCUGAUUCCUCAAACUGAAUAUUCUCCUUCUACUUAGAUACAUUAAGUUGCAUCUGCUGUAACAUAAUCAUCUCUUACGUCUUCGAGAUGGGACUCUAAUGAAGACAUGAACAUUUAAUGUGACUGUAGCACCAUGUGGUCUUUCAAUUAGACCACAUACCCCCUGACCUUGGUUCUCUCUGGAGAGGUGUAUUUGAGCUUGUGUUCAGGUCUGAGCAUGUGUGUGUAUGUGAGUGCUUGUGUGCAUGUGUGACAGUACACAGAUGGUGUUGGUAGGAUAAAUGUGAUGCUCGGGCUCUGUAGCAUUUUUCAUCUCCCAGUGAGGGUAUGGCCUGAUGUUCCCCAUAGACUUUGUCUCUCUCAUAUACACUCACAUAUGGAUAUACUGUACAAAAGACUCACAGGAUAAAAGAGUUAAUGACUUACAUCUCUUUUGAGGAGUACAAAAACACAACAAAGACAAAAGGAAACAAACUCUCCAGCUGUGGGUUUUUUUUUUUGUUGUUGUUGUUGUUUUGAACGUACAUUAAAAGAAGUCUCAAAGUGAUCUAUACUGCGUAUGUUGUUCAGUGGACAUUAGCUAAGUUUCUCUUUGUUGCAGUGAGAUUGUAAUGACUCCAGCUCCCUUCAUUUAUUCUCAAUAUAUGCGCAUAUUUCUCUGUAUAUUACAGUGCACAAUGCUUAACUUGAUGCAAACUGAUUAGCCAUUCAUGAGAUACAGUAUCUUAUGUUCAUUCAUUAUAAAUCAGUUAUCAGUCAGUAUUGUUUAUUUGCUUUUGUUUCAUGUAGUAAACUUGUAAAUACUUUUUAAAGUUAUCUUGUGUGUCCUUUGCUGUUGUUUUUUUUUGUGUGUGUGUGACAAACCAGAGGUGGGAAUUGUGCGUUGCUAGCUGAUAUAAUCCAUUUGCUCAGCUCAACUAGAAAGUGUUAAUAAGUCAAUGCAAUGUUUGUUAGAAGUCCUACUAUUGCAGCGUGUACAUACUGAUGAUUUAUAAUUUCCCUUAAUUUUAAUUAUUAGCUCUUACCAAAAGAAUAAGGUGAUAACGACAAACAAAUUUGGGAUUAUUUGUGUCUUGUAACCCAUUAGUUUUGCUGUGUUUUUGUGAAAACUGACCUGUUUCAGGCAAACUUUGAAUCUAGAAAGUUAUCAUGGUGACUGAAUGACACUUUUUAGCCAAGAUAAUAAGACAUUAAGCAUUCUUAUUAUAAAUUCUAAGCAUUAUAAAUAAAUAGAUAAAUAAUAAUAAAUUCAACUGAAUUUUAACAUUUAAAUUGAUAUGAACAAGUUAAAGUUACAUACACAAAGAAUUUUUAAAUACUUUUAAAACAAACUAAACUUUUUUGACUUAAGUAAAUUAUUCAUAGCCAAACAGCCAUACCGCCCCCCUGUGUAAUAUAAAAUACUGCAUUAAAUUGAAGCCACAUACAAUGGGGAUGUAUCAGUUGAGUUUUUUCAUGAGAAACGUUCACAGUGUUUUAUGUACCCCAUGUAAAGCAGUACAGUCUAAAACCCCCUUUUACCAUUCACUUUUAGAAUAGGUCGAGUCAGCAAGUCUUUUGUAAGGAAAGUAUAAAAGCACCAUCCCGCUAAUGCCCCUGCACUGUGUGGUGAAUAGCAUUUCGAUAACCCCCCGCUGCAUCAACUCUUAGAGAGUGCAUAAUCCUCUUUGGCCAAUCUAAUCAGAGACACAUAUGCCGAGUUGGCGCUUGGACAGUGAUGAGUGGUUUAGUAGCUUUGGAAAGAUGAUCAGACAUAAGCGUGCUCUAGAUUAUGUGCUCGCUCAUCACCGGCAGAGUUGGGCAGUAAUCACUAUUUAGGGUUUAAUGUCGUCCUACUACACUACACUAUGUUUGACCCCAACUUUGGUAUGUCAAGACUUCUGUAGACCAGAGUAGGGACAGCUGAGAAGAUGGCCUAUUUCUCAUGCUCGGAUGAUAUGGUCCAUCUUCAAUGUGGGAAAGUUAAUGUUCGAAACGUGCACACAUACUGUCCGUAAAUAUAUGUAAAUUAAGGAGUAAAAACACACAAACCCACAUUAAAGCUCAAAGAGUGGCCAACUCCCCGGUUUCCUCCUUCUCCCUUCACCACAGGGAGGGAGAAAGAAGAUCUCUAGGGACAUGAGUAGGAGGCUGACAGGGCAGGAGUGAAAAUGAGUGAACGAGUGAACAUACUCAGGAUCUUCUUUGACCUCUGGGGGUGACUCCCAACGAAGGGAGUCAAGAUCAUGAGUCAGUCCAGUGAGUACCCUCCCCAUGUCUCAGUGGAAAGAGACACACACCCAUGCAGACAGAAAUGAAGUCACUAAGGCAAUUAUUCGUCACGCCUAACUAAAGAGGAUCAAUAACCAGAGCUGGACACAUGUUCAUUACAUGAUAAUUACCUAUGUUGCUUUUUGAAUGGAUCGUAGAGAACUUGAGGAAGAGCAUACAACCAUUCUAGGUUUGAACCUUAACACUAAUGUUGACUUCUGUUAAAGUUUGAGAAAGAAUUAACAAAUUGACUUUUAUUAAAGUCAACGUUUUAGCUAAGAGAUUACAUGUAAACAGGAUCUGAUUUAAGAUUUUAUACUUUACUCUUCUUUUUCAUCAAACAAGAGUUACACAAAGAAACACACUCACACUGAUGUUACUGCUGCUGUGUACACACCACGCUGUAACCAGGCAACCAGCCAAGGCAGCACAGCAUUGUGGGAUACCCCUGGGAAGUGUGUAGAGAAUGUCAACAGCGACUUGUCUAUAAGGAAGCAUGUAUAAUGAACAAUAUCCUUAAAAAACACAAAAAAAAAAUCAUCCCUUUGAUUGACUUUUGAUAUUUCCCAGAUGGCCGUUGGUGUUUUUCAGCUCUCAGCUGUGUGUGAUUCACGAUGAGUGUCCGACGGUGGCCCCAUGAGAGAAUAGUGUUUUUGUUGGAUUAGCAUUUGUGCCUCCGGAUUCAGGAAUUAGUGUGAGUGACACUCAUGCUAUUGCAACGGAUAGCCUUAAAGUGUCUGAAUUUCCCAAAUGCUCAUACCAGUGACUCAUCCUUGCAUCAUCAGCUGUGAGUUGGACAACCAAAGAGGUGUCACUUUGGGAUAACAUCCUCUGUCAUUCACACAUACAUUUUUGACUCACACUCGGAGGCCACACACUGUAUGUAUUGAAUUGCUGUGCGUGUAAACAGGACAUCAAUAACCCGGUUAUUGUGCUAGCGCAGUGUGCGUUCCCUUAUGUGUGUGUGUCACAGUCUGGUAUUCAUCCCAGUGUCCUGUGGACCCAACGCUUCAUGCAUUAGCGGACAUAAGUGAACAUAGGAGUGGCAAGGCAGUGAGGCAGGAUAUCCCCUCUCUGUCUUACAGGCUUCCUCUGCUCCUCUGGCACCUAUUCAGAUAUCCGUCCCUGUUCCUCUCCUCACUUUCUUCAUCGUCUUGUUCACUGCAUCACUUUGCAGACCUACUGAAACACUUUCUCCUUACUUGCAGCAUCACAAGCCUUCUGCUUUACAUCAUCUUCUCCUAUCAACCACAAUCAUCCUAGUUUUCUUCUCUCACUGUUCAUGCUUGCCUCAGAAUAACUUUAUUUUUAAGUCACACAUGUAAAGGCAAAACAAGGAGAACAAACAGGGAGUGGGUGGAUGUGAGAGGCAUACCAUCUGCUUUGUCGAAGUUAAAAGGGAAGGGCUCAGGGCUUUUUGUUUGUUAAGUGGGGGUGUGUGAGGUAAAGCCAUCCUGGUCAGCUCAGCCCCUUUGUUGAAAAGCCGUCCUUAGAAGCAGCAUGAAAGUUAUGCUAAUAACUUGUGCUGUCGCAAUGUACUGGUGCCUUCAGAAUAAAUGCAUUAUUGAUAUCUGCAAGAUGAAUAAGUGUAUGGUUAUGAUGUAUAAGUAGUUGGUUCAUAAGAGAGGAUGGUUCUGAGUUUAUAACAUGCAGUGAAGAAGAAGCUAGCUAGUUGUAACAGUCUUUCAAGAGUUUGUGUGACACUUUCUCUAAGAUUUAUUAAGAAUCCAAAUCAAGGUACAAAUUUGUGCUUUACAUUUAACAUCUAUACUUUCUAAUCCUUCUUUUAACUGUUUUCACUAAGAUUCACAACCUACUGGUUGUAUCACUUGAAAAAAAGGUUGUAGUAAAAUAGAAGAGGCAGCUUAACGCAAGAAAGUAAAAAUGUCAAAAACUGUGUGUCUGUUUUACUGUCUCUGUUAGCUUUGCUUAAAAAGUGUCUUUAUGCGUCUGUUGAACAGUUUUUCUGUGAUUAAGGAAAAUUUCAGCUCUGGCCUCUGUGGUCAGUCAUACUCAAACACACACACACACAAACACACAGACACACACCUGUGACGUACGAAUGUGUGAGUCUCCUCUGCUAUGAAUGUGUAGGCUAAUACUGAGCACUGGCACUCAUCACACUUUGAAACUGCCAGCUUCUCUGAUGUCAGGCCAGAUUGCUCAGGUCAGUCAGACAACCCCGCACAAACAGCAUGCUGUGUGUGUGGGUCUGUGUGAGUAAAUGAGUUUGUGUGUGUCUUAGAGAAACUAAGCCGAAAAAGAGUGAGAUUAUAUGUUUACAUCAGCCAUAUAUUAAAGUGAUUAGUCUGUGGAGCCAGAGAGACGAGCACUGGAACAAACAAGUAGCUGUGUUCUACCAACACACUCUUGACCUGUGUGUGCGUGUGUGUGUACGUGCUUUCAAAAGCACUGACACACGUCUUUGCCGCACAAGCAUCUGUGCACAACACAGACCUCCUUGUACGUGGUCACUCUCGUUUAACUUACCUUAAUCCCUCAUCAGGGAGAUAUAAGAGCUGACGUACAGCACCUAUUAGCCUUAAAUUACACCUCUUACCUCUCUACUGGCCUGCUACCAGCCCCCAGAGCCCCCCAUAACUGUCACCACACAGCUCUGGCCCCAGUGUGGCACAACCACCUUAACAUUGGCUCUUUAUUAAAGCUAGCUGCUUCUAAUGAAUGGCUGUAGCCUUAGCACAAUAAAAAAUAAAAAAAAAACUAUUGAUAUCUGUUUUACUCUUCUACUGUGCUUCUGUGUUACACACACUUAAAGACAGAUUUGAGCUGUUUAAAAAGUGUGAUGUUUUAAUACUAUGAUAUGUGUUGUCAUCACUUUGGGAGUUGAGUUGGCGCUGCUUUUGCUACUAUUAAAAAAAUCAGCAGUUUUUUAAAAAGUACUUCUCUAAUAUUGAGUGCAAAAUUUGAGCAAACAGGACACAGCUUGUUUUCCCUCUCGUUGAAUGUCAACCAAUUUAUGCAAAUGUAACGGAAAACGGGCAUUAGCCCAGCAGCCUGCUUGUUUUUUAUACCUCUCCCAACAGUUUGGGAUGCGAUAACAUCACGGCUGCAGGCAUCGCUGCUUGUGUGUGAGAGAGAAAGUAAAGUGCACUAACGGUAAUACACCCAGGGCAAUAACACCGACUUCACCAGUUAAGCUACCUGCAUGGAUGCAUUAAUACAGAAAAACAGACUCUGUUUUAAACACUUGUAUUGAUCGUUUGUGAGCAAUGAUGGACUAAAAGUUUAUUUUAUGCACUCUCAUCAUGAUUCCCUCUAAUGGAAAUAUAGACUGAUAAGAUGUGAUUCCUCUGUCUCUGAUGAUGUUCCUCUUAUCGGAUCUGGAUUUAGUGUUGCUAAGAAAGACAGGAAAUUGCUUGCAGGAUAGAAGAAGAAGAAGAAGGAGAAGGAGAAGAAGAAGAAGGGGAAGGGGAAGGAGAAGGAGAAGAAGGAGAAAGAGAAGAAAAAGAAGAAGCUUUAUUGUCCUUGUACAGGAAUACAAGGAAAUUUCGUGGGGCAGCAUCUCUCAUUUUAAGCAGCUACAUGGCACAUUUAUUAAAAUGUGUUUAAAAUGAAGAGGAAUAAGGUAAUAAAAUUGUAGAAAAAAGUAACUGAAGUAAAGUGCAGUUUAAAAAUUUUAUAUACAGUAUAUAUUCAAAUAUGACAUAUAAACAGUAUAUGUAAAUAAAUAGCAAGUUGUGCAGAUAUUUUGCAGCUCAAACAAAAGAAGAUGACAGGGUGAAACUAGGUAUUUUUUGAAGAGUCCAAGUUACUCCUGUCUUGAUUUGGAUAGGAUGAGCUAAUGGAGUUCCUGGAUUGGAGCUGUGUCUUCUCUGAGACUGUCUCAUCAAUCUGACACACUGGACGUGAUAGUCCCAUUCACGCACACUCUGACGCAUCCAAAGGGAGGGUAGACAAAAAUGUAGACACUUAACAGUCAUUCACAAAUCUACACGUGCAACUUGUGCUUGUUUUAAAUCACUUAAGGAUCACAUAAAUUGUGUUUUGCUGUGAGAUGAAUGGGACUGUAAUGAUUUUUUAUGCGGCAAUCUUAAUAGUCUGUGCAUCUCUAUUAACUGCAGAGGGGGAGGGAGGCUGACAUAUACUGUGUAUGUAGGAAAUGAAAAAAAGAGUGAUGGACUUAAGUGAAGGAGAAAAACGGUGCAGGUGGGAGGGGGUGUGAUGAUCAUUUGGGGUCUGCUGGCUGCUAAUUGAAGCAUAAUUAGUGGCUGACCUCUCUCCCUGUGUAUUAGGGGCUGAUAAAUGUGCGUCCUGUUCUCCUCCUCUAAGCUGAUCCUGCCGUCACCGCUUUUUUUCAGAUAAUUUGAAUCAGCUUAAUCAUGGGUGGGCCUCUUGUGGGCACAUGAGAAAAUCUGAAUGUGAAUGGAUGAAUAGAGCAGUUAAUGUGAUUAUGAAUUAUUAGAUGUCCACGUGUAAUUGCAGGGGGUCUUUGCUUCAGGGUGUAAUACAGUAUUUGGCGUCCAGUUUAGUGAGAGUCAAAUGCAGCUGAGAUCGAUGUUUUUUUUUUUCUUUUCUCCAAUUUCUGGCUUCCUUUCUUCCCCCUUUUUCUUUCUGUUUCACUAGCGUGAAGCAUAACACAGCAUCUGCGGUGCGUAUUUGAGAGAGAGAGAGAGAAAGAGAGAGAGAGAGAGCGAAAGAUCGGCGGGUGAAUCAGCCAGUGGGAGGAGAGAGAGAUAGAGACAACAAGAAAGGAGGGAAGGCUAAAGGAGGAAGAAGGAAAAGGGAGGGUGAAUGAGCCAGCGGGGGUCGAGUGAGCAGACCAGCGAGUGAGGGGAGGAGAGAAAGAGGAGGAGGGGGGUGGAUGUUGCUGCUGCUGCUGCGGUGACUGUUUCUCCUGUCAUUCGGCUGCUGCCUGCCUGGCGAACAGGAGUGAACACAGAGCUGGAGAGAAGCAGUGAGGGAGGCAGAGAAAGAAAGGAAGAGGCUGGUCAGUGCUGGUUCUUAUUGUUGCUGUGCUGUUGUGGCUCAGGAAGCAGCACACACACUGUCAGGGGGUUGGAUUUGGGCACUGGAUACAGAUCUGCAAUCCAUGGAUUACCAAAAGUGAGUAAGGGUGACUUCCACCCUCAGACCCACUCAUCAUUUGAAUCAUAGGGGUGAAGCGACCGGCUCACACAGCAGGGAUUCUGCCUCAGUUUGGAUCCUCUGGAGGCAGGAAUGAGACGAACCUGACAGUGCUGACAUUUUUACAUCUGUAUUUCUACCCUUUCCCUCCUCCGUUUCUUUCUGUCUACCUGUGUGUAUGUGUAUCAGACUGUGUCACUGAUGCUGUUGCUUGGCUCUCUGCAGGAGGGAUGCUGGAGGCUAAUGUGGCUAACAUUAGCAUGACGGCUAAGCCCAGAGAGCUGGACCUGAGGUCUGCUGCUGCUGUCUCCUGCCAGGAAACUCCAGCCCAGGCCAUGGCCACAAGGAAGUCCUCAACCAAGCCAUCCGCUUUGCCCCAGGGACCUGCGCGUCCCUCUGGGGGAUCAGAGCUCAAGGUCUACAGACCCUCCUCUGGAUCUAUCCCUAUUCCAGUCCCCAAUCCUUCCGGGCUCCGCAAGCAGCGAUCGCUUAGCAACCUGUCUGUGCUCACUGAUGCUGAGAAGAAGCUACACCUUUAUCAAUCUCCCCGAUGGAAUGAUGAUGCCAGCAGGCCUGGCACUGGAACUGGCACAAACAAGCCAGGCCAGACUAAGACAGUCCACGUGGGGGGUGGGAGACCACCACUUUCCCGGACACUCUCAAAGUCAGAACAGUCUCUCUUCCAGGGGAAACCCAAACCUUUCUGCUCUCCAUCUGUGACACCGAAUGUAAGCAAGCCAAGCAGGAUCCCUGCCCCAGGUAAACCACGGGGACCUUACGCUGAGGUGAAGCCCAUCAGCAAGGCGACUGAGGCAGGCCAGAGUGCCGACUUGGACCCUGCAGAGAAGCAAACCAAGACUAACUCCAAUGGAGCUGGGAAUACUGGAGCCAAUGGCAAGAAAAUAGGAGAUAAGGGGAGACCUGCAGCUAUGUCAACAGAGGAGAAGAAAGAGAAGAAGGGGGUCGAGGGGGAAGAUGAUAAAGGCUUUCUGAAGGUGGACCCAGAGUUAGUGGUGACUGUUUUGGGAGACCUGGAGCAGCUUCUUUUCAGCCAAAUGCUCGGUGAGUCUGCUUAUGUACCCGUAUACGGCAUCUUCAUCUCAAAAUAGGCUGUUCUCUGAUAUACAGUACAUCUCUAAGUUAACAGUUACACAUUGAUUCAUACAGCAUUGACUAACAUAAGCAUCCUCUCCUUUCCUCUCCACACCCAAACCACUUGCCCAUGCUCUCGCUGUAGCUCCAACAUCAACAGUGAAUUUUAAAUGAGGCUCUAUUGCAGCAGAGCAUAAUGUCAGUGUGUUUUCCUCUCACUACGUGCCAAUGAGAGCCCUCGCUCUAUAGCUGACAACCCCUCUUGUUUACAUCACCAUGACAUUUAAAUACGCUUCAUUUCUAUGUGUAAAACUGAUGUACACAAUGUAUGUAUCUGCGAAAACGCAUGUGGGGGUGUUUACUCGCACUGUGCGCCGCGUGAAGAAGCUGAAUAAGCAGUUAGAGAGGGCUGACAUUGUUUUGCUGUAGCACCGGAGUGUUUUGUCUCAGUCUCGUAUGACCCACUACCACAGUGAGCUAGAUAUAUACUAACCUAUUAAAUAUCACGUCCUUCCUCCCACAAUAACACAUUUUUUUUCAUUCACUGUACAAGCCUGUUGGCACAGGAGCUUAUGUUCAGAUUGAAAGCUGUCCUGCUCGUCUCUCGUUGACACCGCAGCCCCUGCAUCUCCUGGCCUGCACCAAAAUCAGCCAUUCGUUAAUAAACACCGUGUGAGUUGGACUGGUGGGGAGUGUGUGUUUUCGCUCAGUAAAUAAAACGCCCGCAUAUUGAGCCAGGCUCCGGUCACAGUGGGCCACAUAUUUAGCCUUGCACCACUCCCUCACCGCCCCCCCCUCCCAACUCCCCUUUAGCUCCAUUGAUCCUCAGGCCACUGACAGAUGGUCACCAUCCACCCCUUCCAACCCCUCCUCCCCUUCGCCCUGUUACCGGGGGCAACGUGUAGGAGGAGAGAGGGGAAUCUGAGGGGGUGGUGGCAUGGGCAGGUAAUCAACGGGUUGAUGUUCACACACAGACAUGCACACACUUAACCCAGAGAAUACACACUGUCACACACAUUUUGGUGAAUGUGUAUCAUUAGUUUUAGUUGAUGGAGUUGUUUUGAAGAAUGUUAGCUAAGUUUGUGGCUAAUAGGUCAAACCAAGCUCAAUCCUGCCCUUUAAAUCCAUUAUUUAUGAAAGCAUAGACACUCUCACUGCAUGCCUGUGUUGCUCUCUAUCUAUUACUCAUUCUCUUUCUAUCCCCCCCUCUUCGGGAGCAGAUAGCAUCAGAGAGGAGAUGGAGGGAGAGAACAAAGUAACGGGUCGUUAUAUCUGGCUUGAUAUGAGGAAAUCAUUUUCCGCCCAUCAUCAAGCCUCUCUCUGUCUUCCUCCCUCUCUCCUCAUUUCCUCUUUCUCUCCUCACUGACUUACCUCAUGCAGCACCGCCUAAAAUCACAGCUUCUCUGACCUUGUGAGUGUGUGUCCAUGCAGUGUGUAUCUGUGUGCGACCUUGCUCCUUGUUUCAGACAUCGUUGUAGUGUUGCUGGCCGCACCUACGCCAGACGGACAGGUAGGAAGGAGAGAGGUGAGGAUGGAAAAGCAGAGACAGAAUGAUCAAACUAGAGAUAACAGGGAGGAGGUGUAGGUUAAAAUCGAAGUAAAAUUUUGCCAGUGACCUAUAAUUUCACUGAGUAUCCUUGGUAACCGUAUGUUUGUUGGGGUCAGUUCAAACUGUCCAGGGCUUUAUCACAGAACAGCAAGUGUUUAGGAUAGUUGUUUUGAGAACACUACAUCUGUGUGUGUGUGUUUUGAAUGAAGCCAACUGUAACUCGCCCUGCAGCUCACAACUGUGGGCUCAUUUUUUAUCAUAACUGCUUCUUCUUUUCCGAUGGGACACGCAGCUAACGGGUUUCCUCUCUGCGCAAUCUGUCAUAGUAAGAUAGAUUAUGGGUGUUCGAUACAUCAUCCCUAGUGAAAUAGCCUUUCUUUUACCAUCUACUGUGGAGUCUAGCCUUCUUCACGUCUCAGGUGGAAGGUUUGGUCUCAUACCAUGAAGACAUUUACUUCCUAGUGAAGCUAUAUGUUAGCUUUGUUAGCAUGCCUGAGUAGAUGUUCCCAGCAGCUUGUUUGAAAAGAAGGUGAUAUUGACUUUUUGUGAUGCAUCAUAUCUGCUUAUAAAAACACACUCAUGAUAUCCCAGUUGGUUUCAGUGGGUGGAGGGUAGUGACUGCAGGCAGACAGUUAAACACUCAGACCCUUUUACUACUGAGCAAUAUUGUUUUAAUUAGAGAUGCACUGAUCCAUUUUUUCUGAUCCAAUCCGAUACUGAUACCUGGGCUGAGCGUAUCGUCCGAUACCGAACCAAUACUACUAUUAAAUGAAUGAAGUGUACACCUUGCCCUGUGAGUGAAGGCAUCAGGCUUGACAUUAGCCUUGUUAAAAAAAAAAAAACGGUAACAAAUUAACACAGAUAUACAUUUACUUAAUAUUAUUUGUUAACAAAUAAUGAAUUGCACAUUAGCACACAGCAAAAAGUAAGACUUUCAUGUAAACAUUUAGUGCAAGAGGAUAGACAUAGAAUAUAGAGUGAACAGAACCACUGUGUUGCUGUGUAUGAUAUUAAUUAAAAAGAAAAAAAAAUUGAUUGGAACGCUGGAUCGGCGUCAUUCAUCAGAUAUCAAAUUAAUUUGUCAUUAUCAGAGCUGUUAUCUGGUCCAAAUAUCGGAUCGGUGCAUCCAUAGUUGUAAUGUGUGCAGAAUGUGGUUACACAUUUUCUUGCUCAAACAUGCAAGAAAGUUACUGCUUUUUGGGGUGGCUCCAAAACCUGUUUAUGUUGCGUUCAGCGUUAAUAGCGACUUCCCAGAUGUGUGAAAUAGUCAUACCAUGAAAAGAUGUACAUCCCAAGAGCAUCAGAGAUACUGACUUUUAAACUGAUAAAAAAAAAUGCUGGAGGGUACCUCAUCUCUCCCAAGAGUGGAGAAUGUAGCAUCCAUGAAUUCCAAAAGGAAUUUUUAAAUUUUGAUUAGUCAGCCCACAGAAGUAGCCAGCGUUUUUGGAUCUAUUUAACCCUGGUCUUGUGUAUGUGAGGUUGCACACUCACAUGUUAAAUGAAGAGAUGAAAAAGAAAGAAACAAUCCAGGAUAUUUCAAGAUUAGAGUCCGCAUUUUACUAUUAUCUAUCUUGCGAGAUGAUUAAGGAUUAGUGUCAGAAUGAUCUGUUUUUCUGUAAUCUCACAUACUUGUUUUACCACUGAGUGAUUAAGAGCUUUCUCUAAAUUGGAUUUAGAGAAUUACUUGUGUGUCCAUGGGCAGCAGCUUUGGCUUUAAUUCUCCCCAACCCAGCAUGUUUUUUACAAUAUCUUGUUAACAGCAUUAGCAUCGGGGUAAGUCAUAUAAGCAGAGAGCGAUAAAGUCUGCUAAUUCUGCUCAUAAAAUGAGUCGACCUGAAAAGGCACCUUGUAAAGCAGCUCCUGCAUAGGCUGCCAGGAUAAUGUAAUGCAGUGAACCUCAGAUGUGUGCCACUAAUGACACCUCCCGAUCCCAUCCAGCACCCAUAAUGAGGUGUGUGUGAGGGGGGUAAGCUCCCUAUAGCAGUGGCCCUUCCCAGCAUGGGGUCAGGCUCGGUUUGAGGGAUCCACUCUGAAGUCACAAGCAAGCAUUGGGAUUAGGCUUUUUAUAAAGACAGAGAAGAUUCGGCCUCCAUUCCACUAAUCAUGGAUCUAUCACCCUGAAAAAGGCCAGCCAUCAAGACUAAAAUGAAUUACAGAUUAAAGCCCAGGGGACAUCUGUUUGGCUGGAGAUUUGGGUCUUAAGGGGAAUUUUACUUGGUAAAGGGACAGAUAGAGAAAAUAGAUCUAGGCUGGAAGACUGAGGAUAUCCUUGUGGUUUUGGUGUUGGCUCAGCUGAUAUUAGAAAUCAGGGAACUGUGUCAGAGGGAAAUAAAUGCAGUUCAGUCACACUCGAGUGCAUGCAAAAGUAGCCUUUACUAACUUGUUAUUUUGCUGUGACUCUGUGUGGUUGUGUGGGGGCAUACUUGUGUAGCUGAUGGUUAUUCUUACAUCCUUGUCAGCUGUCUGUGGAACAAUAAACCCUACAGAGCAAUCGACAAAGCCUAAAAGGGAUGACACACUCUCACAGACCUACACACACGCACAAUCCUUUCAAAAGAACUUAGCAGCGCUGCAGGAAACAACAACAAAGCGCUACAGCUUUACAUGUACUAAGCAAGCACAACUAUCAGACACACUGAAUGUGCUCCAAAUUCAGUCACUGAUAUCUCCUCUUCUCCGAAAUUCAUCCAUUUGGCCAUGACAGGGUAUUUUUCAUACUUAGGCCCUCCAUUGCGGAGGUAGUGCUGAGUCUCUAAUGUGAUGCGGGUACGAUGGGAGCGGCCGGCUCCACCCUGGGCUUUGCUGACUGAAGGAUUUGGGGCAGUUGUCCUCCCUGUCGAGGAGGCGGUGACAAGCCAAAUAAACACAAACGCCCAGGGAAAGUGAGGAAUAAAGCAUCCCCCAGUUCUCCCUCCCUCUCUCUCUCUGUUCCUCUCCCUCUCUCUCUGUUCCUCUUCCUAUCUUUCAACUCUGAUUUGAGUUGACAGGUAGCAGUGUUCUGUCACCAGUCAUACAGCAGGGAGGAUAUUUCUGGUACAACUGUUCCAUGAGGAGGACAGAGAGAGGACGUCUUUCUUUUUUUAGUAUGACACCAGGAGUAUUCAUAAAUGAGAUGCAUGUUUGUGCAUUUGAUUGUUGUAUGAUUGUGCAUUUUAUUCCAUCCAUUGUUGUUUGUGUGUGCAUGUGUGUGUUUACAAUGCUCUGUGGUCAGUCUCUUUGGACUUAAUGCAGUAGACAUUGCAUUAGUGCUGUCUGCUUCCUGCCAUCUGCCUCCUCAAUCAUAUUAGUCCUCUCUGGACUGUUGAGUUUCAUCAGCUCUGCUGCAACUCACACAAACACGUGCUUCCUGUCAUGUAAACCGGCAAUUUCUUACACUGUUAUACAAUCAUAUCUUUUUUUGUAUAUGAUUUGUUUUUCAAGACAUGAGUUGACAGCUGACAGGCUCUUUAGUUAUUGAUGUGAGAAAGAUUUAAGUGCUUAUUGAUGGCACAGGAGCACUCAUGCUUACCUUCAAUUAGUAUCAUGGGAAAAUUACCAUUAAGUUGUUACUGGGUAUAAAAAAUGCAUGCAGGAGGUGAGCUUGAAUAUCAUGAUGAAAUAGAAAGAUCAAAACAGAGAAAGAAAGAGAUUCUUAUAACCACAGGUUCAACAAAGAAAUACAAAGUCUUGGCGUAAUGCAAUUUAUAAUAUUUAGACAGAAGAAGUGAUUUUAGUUUGAGGAGAAAAGCUUAUUUCUCAUAUUUUUCUCUUCUCUUUGUGUUGUCAUCUUAUAUGAUAUGAGUGUAACAGACAAAAGUUCUUGUUAUUAAUAAAGCUGCAGCUGUCUGCGUGUUUAAGCUGUGGUUUCACUCUCAUGAGUACAUCUAACUGAGUCAUAUGAAAGUGUUGUGGCAGAGCUAAAGCACAGCUUGUGGUUUUAGGUACAGACACAAAACUGUUGACAAACAGGGUUGUUACCUGGAAACAGAUUUUUCAGAACAUCCUGAUCUCAUGUGUUGACCUCUUUUUGAAGUGUUUUUGAGGAGGAAGUCAGCAGAACGACUGAUUGGUGUUUGAAUAUUUUUAUAACUUUUGUUUUUUCACCAGAGGCAGAAGACAUCGUCUGUUUGGAUCAGAGUAAAUCUGACUCGGUUUAAGUUCAAUUAAAGCACAAGUAGAAGUUUUCAGACUUGGUGAGAAAUUCUGCUGAAUACAGUAGGGCUGCAGUGCUGCUACUGAACCAAACUCUAUGGAAUGAUAAGAAGUGGAAACAUAAUCUUCAGGGUCAAAUGAUGCAACGCAUAACUUUCAAAAUGUGUGUUUUUUAAGGUAACCAUUGCUUUAUACAUUUUUAUUUCUGUGUCGCUUAAUUUUCUUUUACCUCAUAAACAGCCUCUCAGAAAAGGUUUCAAACAGUAUAAACUAAUAGUGUUCAAAAACAUGAUACAGAAGCAAGAUAUUAGAUAAAGGACAAUUUUUAUAGCUGUACUGCUUUCAUUUAUGUGACAGUUAACUGGCUAUGUCUGGGAUUUGUUCUGUUCUUUGUGAAAAUGAGAUUUUUAUAGUUUAGUGAUAUCUUGUCCACCAAAGUUAGAUUUUUUUAGAUGCUUUCUCACUGUCAUCAGUCCCACCUCUUCACCCAUCGCUAUAGUGACAGCUCAGGCAUUGCACACAACAAGCCUGCCUGCCUGCCUGUCUGUCUGCCAUGUGCGAGCAGAGCUGCAGCUGGCUUUAAGCAUGUUGUAAAAUACAGUUCCACAGGAAACAACUCUCUUGAACAAAAAUACACCCCAACAUUGCCACACAUUAUGGUCUCUGCCUUGGCUCGUUGCUGGGUUUAUUUAGCUGAAUGUGUGUGCGGCUCAGUCAGUAUUUAGAUCAGUUCGGAUUUAGAUUUGAGAGGAAACUUCUCGAGCACACACAGGAAGCGUGAAAGAGAUAAUGCAAAAGGGGAGUGUUGUUUGACAUUUUUAUGAUGCCACUCAUAAAAACCUUGUAAGACUGUGUCCAGUGUAUCGGUUUUAAUGGUUAGCGUGUGUUUUAUUCAUGUAUUCAAUCUCAAAGAACCUCAGAAAUAGUGACUCUCUUCCUGCAGCUCAGCACAGUUGACUGAACACCCACACAGGUAUGACUCUUUCGUUUCAAACCUGCCGUGGAGGGCUUAAAGUGCAAUGUUAGUGUAGAGUUACCUCUGUAGAGAGGAGGAUCUAAACUCUAACAAACCUUAUUUUACCUUCUUAGAGGAAACUCCUGUCCUGAUUUGACAUGGCUUUGCUGAAGGACUUAUGGUGACAGCAUUUAUGUUUCAUGUGUUCAAAGCCAAGCUUUUUGUAUGGUGUGGAGACCAAAUGUCAGAGGAAAAGAGGAGAUGUUGAGGUUUUACCUCUGUAUGAGAACAGCUGCUCGCAGAAUCAUGAGUCUGUUUUUUAAUAUCUGUUUUUUGUUUGUCAGCAUAUUUCCAGGACAGUAAGUAAAUUGCUCAUCCUCCCAAACUCAGUAUUUGAAUUAAGUCUUCCUCUAGGGUAAAUGGAUUUCAAGACAGCUAACCUAAAACCCCAAUAAACUGACUCAUUUUCCUCACUUUCUCACACAUGAGGAUCAGCCCUUGAAUAAUAAUCCCCUCAUUGGCAGAUUGUUGUAGCAUGUGUUGGACUGGACCCAGGCUUUAAAAAAAGUGGGUUCAUGGAUGCAACAUAGCGUGCUGAUACACUCAUGAACCAUUCAUGUCUCAUAUCAGAAAUGAUCUUCAAGGCCUCUAAUAUCCUGUUGCGACAUACCGGUGAGACGGAUGAACUUAAGUGCAUGUGUGUUUGUCCUUGUGUGUGCAUGUGUGUGUGUAUGCAUAAGUGCGUUGAUGCACAUUUGGGUGCCUUCGCGUGCGUUUGUCGGCCUCGUCCAGAUGUGCAGGAAUGGCUGAGUGUUGUAAUGCUUCCUGUUUUGCAAACUGUCCGAGUUUAGCAGAAGGUUGUAAGUGAUGCUCAGAUGAGUGUAGAAAAGGGACAGAGAAGCAAAAUAGAGAGGACGAAGAAUAUGUUUAUGUUGAAUCAUAUACAAAAUGUUUAUCCCUUACUGUUUUGACAGGUGUAAUCCUCUUUCUCUCACUUUUCAAUUUUUCAGUCUGAGCCAAAACGAUAACAAAAACCACAAAGGUUUUACUAGCAUCCUGUUUGUGUGCGUCUAUGUCACUUGUCAGGAAUGCUGUAAUGAUUGUCUUCGCUGCAGACAAACACACUUCAGAAGUGUAAAGCAAUUUUUAAAGAUUCACACAUACCUGCUGGACGAAUGUUUUUACGAUUUACCGCACGCAUCUAUCAUGUGUUAAGCGUACCGUAGCUUGAGGAGGGUUGGAGCGACACAGACAUAUGAGCACACACGUGGACAGGACAUGGAUAAAUGAACUCCGGAGGGAAGGCAGGAAAGAAUAGAAACGGGGGCCAUUACUCACACGUUCAUUCAUUUUCUGUAAGACUGAAACUGUUGCCGGUAAAGACACACUUUUUCAGGUAGAGUAUGAAUGUGUAAGGAUGUGAUAAGUCAUGAAAACAUAAAAAUACAAAGAAAGGCAAAACCUCCCACAAAUAAACAACCAUUAGUUUGUCUUCAGAGGUUGUUUUUUUUCUCUAAUGGAGAGAACAAAGACCCAAGAGACUAAAAACCAAGUGGGCAGGAGUGUGUCCAUCUUACAUUUUCAUUCUAUCUGCUGGGAAAGGAGCCAUUAUACGAAACAUCAUUGGACAUACGCUUCCUACUUCUUCUAAAUUCUAGAUAAAAUGUGCUUUAUUUAUUUUAUUUAUUCUAUUUAUCCAAUUUUGUCAGCAAUUCCCAUCGAAACCAAAAGUGAAUUUCCCCAACCAAUAAGUAUUGCACGGUAGAGCACAUUUCUCUGUGCCUCAUUGUUGACUUACGACUAUUAAAAGCAUAUAAAUGAGUCACACUGCUGCUCUCUGUGGUGUGUUCCCUUAAUAAAAAUAUACAAGGCACAUUUAUUCUCAGAUUUUAUGUAACAUCUACAGCAGAAAUGACUUAAUUACUAAAAAUAUCAAAUGUGAAAAUAUUGAAGGUUUUUUUCUCUGCUGGUUGAGUGGACCUAUUUCUAAUGUUGAAAAAUUAAUUGAUAAAAAUCUAAACUAUUCCAAAAAAAAAAAAAAGCUUUCUGUAAUGACACACUUAUUGUUUAUGGUGUAGUUGUUUUGUAAAUAUUUUAGUAUGUAUGGUGCAGCAGAGGUUUUUCUAACUUUUAAAAAGAUCAGGCUAGUUUUUUAGGAAGCUUUUUGCUGUCUGGCGAGUUUUGAGCUGGUUUUGAUUUUCCAUUUGACUGGUUUUGCCUCAGAUCUGGCAUCCCUGCCCAUAAACAUCUCCUUGACCUUUUGUCUCAGAGAUCCAAAAACAGGCUCCAUAACAUUGCUGCUAAUGCAAAGGCCAGCAGUUCUAUUAAACAAGCUCGUAAUCUGACCACACAUGCAAUGGGAGAGAAAAAGGCAGUGUUUCUUUUUUUAUUGGUGUUGUGUACUUAUGUUGUCUGACCCACUCUUUAUAUUAUUGUUGUUGUGUAGUUGGAGGAAGGCUAAAAUUAAACACUCUUUGUCCUUCAUCCUUUGCAUCUCUAAUUUCUACUUGUAUUCCUACCUCUCUUUGUCUGUCAGACUCGCAUUAGGAGGCAAAGGUCUUCUUCUCCAUGCAGUGCACACAUGCACUCACAAAAACACGCUCACUCUAACUUGCUGACUCUUAUUUUAGAGUCUGAGUGGGCCAUUAGGAACGGCUCCUCUGCUGGUUUCACAGCCUCUUCAGAGCUGGAGUGUGUGUUCAAGAGUGUAUUGAGACAUGCCAGGUGGAGCCCACUGUCCCGGAUGCAAACACACACACACACGCAGGCAUUCACUCGCUCGCUUGUCUUUGAGUAGAUCCAUGUAAAUCAUCUGCUCCCAAGGGGCGCUGCCAGGGUUGACAGGGGUAUUUGCAUCCUUAAUUCCCCAUCACCAACACCCAUACACCCCCUCUGUGUGCCAGCUGGGACCCGCAGGACAAGUGCAGUCGCAAGACAGGAAGUCUUUUACAAACGUGUGCUCACUCUUAGAUGUGUAUAAGCACAUGCACAAUCAUACACACCAUGUCUAAUCAAUUUGAUACUGCUGUUAAACAAAGCUCACUUUUGGGGUAAUUAAAACGCCCAAUUAAAGCCUGCAUGAUUGUGUGCUGAAGUGUGCGUCAGACUUCAGAUGUGUUUGCCUAUUAUAAGGGUUUCUUAUUGUCAGAUUUCAAAACUUAAACAUUUAGAAGCAUAAAUGUGGCUCUUUGUAGUUUUUAUUUCCAUAGUGUGCUUCACUACUUCCCAAGUCAACACCCUCAGCAGGAAAGAGUACCUCUAUACUUGUUUUUGAUUUUUUAUUCAAAACAUUGUGCUGUGUGGAUUUUUGGGAGCAGCCGGAGGUUUAAACACUAUGAUUUCUUCAUCUCUGCACUGAUCCAUGUGUCCCCUGGGCUGCCUGAUCAAUUGUCUGCAUGGCCAAUCUUCAGGAGAAAUCAAUCCAACUCUAUAAAUCAGGUCUGGUGUGCAGUAAGUGUUUCACAGUGCGUUAGUGAGCAUUUACGUCCAUGGACAUAUGUGCGUAUGUGGAUACCAUUUCUAGUCUGCAGCUGUUGUUGAGAUUGACACCUAUGGCAGCUCAUGAUUUGCCUCACGCAGUCAAUCAGGUUGCCUCCCCCUCCACCUCCUCAUAAACCAGCUGGACUGAUCCAUUGGAGGAGUGAGUUUGAUGUGUGUGUGGGGGUUGUGUUUUUUUGGUGUCAUAUGAAUCAGUAGCUUUCUUUGGUGUAGAGAAUAUAUUGCUCAGAGAGUUGAGUAUUUCUCUGCUUUGCAAAAGGUUUUUUUUUUUUUGGAUUAUGCAACAACACAAAAAGUCUAAAGGAAAUAUUUGGGUGCUGCAAAACUUCACAGCUACAAAUCUGUCCUAAUGUCUCUGUUAUACUGCACAUUUGAGCAUGCUAACAUGUUUUCAGAGACAAUGCUAACAUGCUUGUUAUUUCAUGUGUCUAAUUUUGGAUUAAGAUCCUAAUCAGUGACUGGCAGAUUGAUCCAUAAGGGAGCAACCCUACUUCACUGCUUGUUUGCAAAGUCUGAUCCUAAUCUUUAUAAAGCUAAGUUUGGACCUAGGUGAAAAGCAACACAUUCUAAAAUGUUAAAACACACAAAAAAAAAAACAAGAAACAAAAAAUCUUGUUAAACUGUUGUUAAAGAGGUGUUAAUGUUUGAUAAAAUGUUGACACUCUCUUAAUUUUCAAUUUACUGUUUAUAUUCCAGUUCUCCAGGGGACGUCCGAAUUCAUAUACACACACACUCACAAACAAACACACAAACACAACCACACACAAAUAUUGGAAAUAGCAGCGUCCUAGCUCAAAUCUAUGAAGCCCGGUCUGAUCCGAUUACAUCAUAUUAGGAAGGAGCGAGACAAAUGGCAGCAUGUCCCCUGAUGGGUUUAAGCGAGAAAGGCUUUUGAUUUAUUCCUCUGUGGCAGGAGUCAGGGGGCAAAGGGGGCACAGUGCAAUGAGCGGGCAGCGGGGCAUUGUGGCUGAUUGUGGUUAGAAAGAAGGGGAAUAAUGAUCCAUAAAGGAAUGAUAGACCUCUGGGGUCUGAGGGGUCUGCCCUGUUGUUUUGAGUGUCUGACUGCCAUCAUAUUUAAUUUAGUUUGCUCCACUGCAACCUGGAAAACAGGAUGUUCUUACUCUGCCGCUGUUACCUCUUUUAAGACCUUUUUUUUUGUCUCAUGGGAUUCUCCUGUUUUCCUUUUGUUAAUAACUCGAUCUUUGUUUGUAUUUUUAUGAGUGUAGUUUAUGUUUAGCAGUCUAAUUAAUUGUUAUGUACGUAUUCAGUGAUUUCACACAUAAUUAUUAUUACUAACUCCAUGUGUAUCAGUAAAUACAGUAUACAUUCCAAAUAUAAUACAGUAUGUAUUAUUAGGUUUUUACACAGAGGGGAUGUUUAAGGCAAAUUGAAUCUCCAAAAAUGUCCUUUUAUGAUUUUGUGACCAAUUGCACUCAUCUGUGUGUUCAGACCCCGAGUCCCAGAGGAAGAGGACGGUGCAAAAUGUGCUAGACCUUCGACAGAACCUGGAAGAAACCAUGACCAGCCUGAGAGGGGUGCAGCUUAGUCACAGGUAAGAAACAUGCAAACACGCACACACAGGUCUGUAAACUUAAAAAAAGAAUAAACCAAGCACAUAAAGCUGAUGUGAGUAGAAAAGGAGAGUUGUUGAGAUGAGUAGAUUCCUAUCAACAUGGCUUAGGGGUGUGAUGGUUAACUGCCUGUGGGCUCUUGGAUCAAUAUCAGUAUUUCUGACAGACUAGUAGUCCCUAAGUCUAUCAUUCUCCGCCUGCUCUGCUCCCCUCCUGUGUUGGUUAAUGCUUAACUGCAGCAGGAUUAACCAAAAGCUGACUUCAAAUCCAGCCCUGCCAAUGCACACUCACGACUCAAAUUCAUUCAUACACACAAAAAAACAGGUAGUAAUGCUGUGAUUGAGUGCACAUGGGCGUUUGUGUGUCCUCUCCUUCCCUCCGCUUCCUGUCCUUCAUUGAUUGAGUUCAGUACGUCUCCAGGUUUUGUCCUUGAGAGCUUCCCUUCGGUCUGCCAGACUCCUGCCAUGUAUUUCCUCUCAGUCCUUCAGUGGGAGAUCGCAACAUGAAGAGCAAAUCAGCAGAUGGUUUACCUGCUGGAAUACCUAUUCUUUGACAUUCAGACUUUGAUGUACUGUAAUGACCUUGAAUGAUCCACCGCUGUCCCCAAAGACAUAACCUGCCAUGAGGCCUCAGGCGUGUUUCAAGGAAGUUUCCGGCUCAAGCAAGAAAUUAUAUUUCCUGUUAAAAAACAAGCAUUUUAUUAAGUGACUAUGAUUUGUUCUACAGAUAAAUUGGUGAUCAAGCGUGCAGUUUUGUUUGCACAUAUUUUCCCUGAUGUAUACUUUAUGCAUAACAAGCAGAAGGCCCGUGAAAAUCCGUUUGAACAAGAAGUGUAGCAUCCUCUCGCUCUGCUUCUUUCCUGACUGUUUAACGUUAGCGGUUUAGCAUUUCAAGCGAAAAUGUCUCCAUUCAUGGUUUUAGUGGGAAAGAUUCUGUAUCCUGCAGAAAAGAUUAAUGUGAAUGUCAUACAAUUGAGAGUCAGUAACUUUUAAUAUGCUAAUACUAAUCGUUCUGACACAGGCACCAAGCGUUUACACGCUGAGCUGCUUCAGCAGGGGGAAUGCAUGAUAUGAUGUGAUACUUAUUUUAUAGAGUCACAUGAGAGUUCUGAGCAGUUUCAAGCAAAGUAAUAAAGAGGAAGAAUUUCAUAACAUUUGUAAGACAUAAACAGGAAGACACACUGCAAACAGAUACACAGAAACUCAGGAAACAACUUAUCCAUUUGCAAGAUAAAAUAGGGUUAAAGUUUUAUACUAAGAGGAGGGUGCAGGCUAGAAGAAGAAGAACGGAUGAAGAAGCAGAUCCUGAAAGGGAAAUGUAAUAAAAGACAGUAAUUCAUGUCUUUUCAGAAAAAACUUAGCUCUGUGUUUCAUACUGAAGUUUAUCCUCUGCGUGUGUUUCCAUAGCUGUGGCGAGGGUACCGUGUGCUACGACAGUGAUGAAGCUGCUGCUUUCUCCGUUUCCAGCCUAUCAAAUCGAUCCUCUCCACUGUCAUGGCGUCAAGGUCAGGCAAGCCCCCGACUGCAGGCCGGUGAUGCUCCGUCUACAGGUAGCACGCAGUCAGACGUGCCUCUCCGCAUCAGCCACACCUCUCGUAUCCACCUCAUCGAAGCACUGGAUGACUCAGAUCCCGCCCUCCUGAAGGGAAAUUACCUGAGCAGCAGCGACAUCGGCAGGAAGAGCCCGGUUGAGGACGAGGAGGACGAUGAUGAUAUUGAUGAUCUGGGGAAUGGGUGAGUUUUGGUUGUUUUUAUUUUGAAGCUCUUUUGAUUCCUUUGUAUUUGAUGAAACAUUGUAAAACAUCCUGGCAAAGCGGUCUGUAAGAACCAGGAAACUUGUGUCUCAUUAGUGAUGGUAACAUUGCAGGAGAGGUGAAUCCUGCCACCUGCUAACUGUUACGACCCCACAGCUGCAGCCUGGCCUGGUGUUUGUGGUUUAGCAUCACAACAAAGCCUCAAUGAGCCUCUCAUAGAGUUGGCCUUGACACUGGCAGCUGUAGCUUCCCCGGUACAGCUGGCUUUGCCGUAGUCAGUAAACAGCCCUCUGGCAGAGGUGGCAGAUGAUGUCACAAUCAUGUAGCCCCCUUGCAGAGAUCAUCCUGUCAAAUUCAGCUGUGAGCCCACAGGCUUUGCCAGCAGCCUUCCACGUAGAAGACCCCUUGCAGCGUUGGCUCACCAGAGCCCUCUGGCAGAGCUCGAAUGCAGAUACUUUGGAAAAACUGGUGGCCUACCCAGCCGAGCCAAGGUGGGCUCAGUCAAAGCUGUCAAGGCUGGAAGGAGUGUUGUUUUUAAGCUUGGCAUAGACUCAUUAGAUACAACAGAUUUGAUUUUGAGAUCACCUUGGCAGAAACAACAUUACAUCUAUUUUUUUAUCACAUUCUGGCGUCUUGUGGGUGAAAAAUGUCACGUCUUAGGGUUGGAGAUAUUUUUAGGUGUUAUUUAUCAAACACACACCUGUCUGCAGUUCCACAGUCCAGCUGAGACUGUGGCAGCAAUGAUUGAUCACUUCCCAGGAGAAGGGUCUCUCCUCUACAUCCAUCAUCUGCUUUAAAAUGGAUUAGGGAUGAAUAAUCUCAUUCAUGUUACAAAUACAAGUGUGAAUGUGUUUGGGUGUCUGUCUGGAUUUGAUAAAUGAAAAUAACACAAUGACCUAAAAAGAUGGUGUAUCACGCCUUUGUUAAUGUUGUUUGUGAGCUGAAUCUGAGGGAGCAUGAUGGUUGCCAUGGUGAGUUUUUAAACUUUUAUUUAGCUUCCUGAGUCUCCAUCUGUCACAUCAUCUUGUGACUUGAUUAAUUACUUUAUAGAGUUACCUAUAUAUUCAAGAAAUUGAAUUGAGGGGUUGUGUUUAAGAAUGACCUGAUUAGACUUCCUUGGCUGGUUUGGGAGAACUUUGCAGCAUUUGUCUUAAAAUGAGGAGGUCUGACACAACAGUUUAACUCGGUUGUACAAACAGCAUCAUGUGUCCCGACCAGCUCUAAGCACAGAGAAGAAAAACACAUAAUCUCUUUACAAACUAGGACUCUGAAAGUAUGUGUGUCUCUGUUUGCCAUUGUCUCUUGUGUGUCUCUGCAAAGCUGCAGAGCUUGUCUAACCAAACCAAAACAAAAAUACCUCUAUGGUUACCACAAAAAUGCACCCCCAGUCAUCAGGAAAUCAAUUGCAACACUGUCAAGUUUCCUGUUAUGUCAGGAUGUUUGUGUAUUUCAGAAGUGGUUGCACAGGUUUUUAUGGAAUUUUUUUUGUGGGAAUACAAACACAGGUUAGCAGGCUGAAGUUGGAAGAUUGAGAAAUGAAUUAUUUGCCAAAAACAAGAAACCAAAAGUAAGAAAUUAUUCUUUCUAAUCUUUAAAGAUGCACUACUUGAUUUGUGUCUGACGCCAUCAGUCCUCUUGACACUCUCUUUUUGUUUUCUUUGAUUGAACCUCUUAUGUGGUCAUUUUUGCCACUAGACUGUCAUAACUCGUCUGCUCCAGUUUGAAACUAAUGUAUCUUUACCAGCAGAGGGCAGGCUAGCGCUGCUCCCUUUGCGGCUCUUCAGCCUUUCAACAUGAAUUAGCCACAUGCAGGAUAACCCUGCCUUUUAUCAUAAUUUAUUACCUAUACUCAUCUAUUAUACAUAGAUGCAGUGCCCCGGUCAUAUAGAGGUCACACAACACAGCCAUAUCUCAUUCAGACAUAUAUAAUACACAGGAUCCCCUUACAUACAUAAUUUAACUCAAACAUACACACACAUGUUCUUUGUUUGGGUGAAUGUUCCUCAUCUCUUUGUUCUGUUUAAUUGUGAGGAAACAUUAUUACAGUCAGGCCGUAAACAUAUAUGUGUGAGCAGGACCUGACUCACCAGGGGUCUCACUGUGACUCGCUCCACUUUUACUGUAUGGGCAUGAGUCACCUUCAUAUGCUAAGAUAGGUUUACCGUGACUCUAUCUUGACCUGUCUGACACAUAGACCCCAUACUCUCACACACACUGACUCAGAGCCCCUCCUGUCAGUUAUGCGCUUCCUGUGCUGCUGCUUGCUUUACAUCUGGAUCCAGACUUCCAACCCCCCCUCCUCCCAAUUCUCGCUCACGUACGUCAUUCUCACCGGGAAACAUCAAAAAGGGGGACCACGAGUAGAUCCUUCCACUGAGUGUUUGUGAAGGUUAACUGUAAUGAGGUGUGGAUUUACAUUUUGAUAAAAACCCACUAAAUCCUAAAUCACCUCCCUUUUUAUUAAUGUUUUAUUAAACAAGCAUGCUGCAGGAUAUUUAAAUGUUGAUAUUUCUCUCCUCAUUCAGCUUUUCUUCUUUAGGAAUAAAUGUGACGGCUUUGUACACUUUUGCAAUUAUUGAUACUGCUUAUGGUUUAAGUUACUCUGUAAUGAUCAGGAUGCACUCAGAAGCUCUGCUGCUAUUUCCUGGAUUACAAGAAAGGAUAUUGCUUUUUCUAUCAGAGAUGGUUGAGGCCUAGUUGCUUCUCAGGCUGCUCUCACAUCUAUCCUUGGUAACCAGUUUAACUAUUAUUUCCAGACUCUUAAGACCGGCCUGAAAACAAGUGUUUUUGCCAAUGUGUCAACAAGUAGAGGUGACAUGCCAGAGUCUUUGCUGUGAUUUAUUUGAAACUAUUUCUGUGAUCCGAUUGUCUCUGGCAUUGCUUUAAACAUUGAGAAUGAAUCACUGCUGUUGUGGGUGUUUGACCAAUCAGAAUUGCGUAUUUAACACAGCUUGUUAAUUACUAAGGGAGCCAAGUAAUAAGGCGGGAUAACAUGUUACAGCUGUGUGUAAGACCCUUUGUUUUGGAGUUUCAGCAGUUUGUUGGACGAUUGAAGCUUGAAAAAAAACUUCACAGGCAGUAUUUACGCUGUAUCCCUCGUAACUUCUACUUAUCACCUGAAAAUUACAACUGUAAAAUCUCAGCCAUGUCAAAGCCCUCAUUACUUCUUCUCCCAAGAUGGCCUGACUCUUAACAUUAUACCCCAUUUACAUAAUGGAAACAACAGCCGGGUUACUGUACACUGUCUAGAGCAGAGCUGAUACAUAUUACAUUAAUGUAUAUGCUUUGUAGCAUCGCUCUAGGCAGGGAAUCAUGAGGGUAUGAGGCACCUGUGGGCUUACAAGAGGAAAGUGAUUGUUCUAUGUGUAUAAAUGUAAUUUUUUGGCAGAGAGCAUGAAGCUGAGUUCUUGUCUGAGCCUCAUUUGGGCUUAAUCGUCGGUAUUGAUUGCCAUUGUUGUCAUUCAAGUGGCUGUAAUGGUCCAGACACACACUCACACGUGUGGAUGAUUGAAUGAGCGUGCGUGUGUGUUUUCUGCCCUGCUGGGUGCAGACGCUUUUGUUUCUGGAUGGAAGAGCACCCAUCCUCAGCGACCCCCCCAUUAGUAAACGCACAGUCUCCAUGGUUACAGCAGGAGUCAAAACUGCUUCACUGAACUAAACGUCUGAAUUAUGAAAGCGUUUGUUCGGAGCAGGGAAAACACACUCAUGUAUGCACUCAGAUACACUUGACUGUCUGAACUGUCUGGUUUCUUGAAAAGCAGAAGUGAGCUGGUUACUGGGUGUAAAUCUGGCACAGAACAGGGAAAUGAGACAGAAAGAGGAACAUUUUGACAGAGAAGUAUUCUGUUUUCUACACAAAAGAUGUCCUGAACUGAAACUGACAGCAGUAGUUAUUUCAGCUUCAAGCUUGUCUCCAUAUGGUGUCAUUAUAAACCCCGGAGGCUAUUAUCUCGCCUUUAACUGAUGCCUAUCUGACCACAGCCACGGAUAAGCUCCUCUAAUUACCCCGACUCCCAUCCCCUGUCAUUGCCUUUCAACCGUAUCUGCAGUGGGUUAGGGGAGUUACUGACAAGCCCACUCAUAUCUGUGUGCAUGUGCAUGUGUGUGUUUGGGUGAUGAGUGUAGCGUUAGUCCUCUCAGAUAAGUGCUGCUGUACUCUGACUCCAUCUACUGGUUAAAAACCUGAACCACACCCAUACUCACAGUCUCACGCAAACACUUAGGCACAAGCAAAAACACACAGAGAGGAUCUGAUGCAGCCUGACACAUCUGGUUAAUGAAUUCCUUUCCUCACAUCUGGAUCUGAUUUAUGUUACAGGUAAUGGAUCCGCUCACUCAGUCACUCUCUCUUUCUCUCUCUCUCUCUCUCCCCUGAUGCGUCCCUCUGUGGACACACCCUGGGUUUCCCUCUUGCUGAGUGCCAGAUCUUUACGUUAUGACUCAUAGUGCAGGUCCAGUUACAGACCCCUUCCCAAAAAGAAAGAAAGAAAAACAAUACAGCAGUCUCCCCCUUAGCCAGGACUCAGCCCCAACUUGAGCUGAGAUUAAAUUGUGCUCUUAUAAAAUAUAGUGACCAAGAAAGAAGAAAAAACAAAUGUCUUCCUUAUUGAUUGUGAGUCUCAGGUGAGAAACACUCACAGUUUUAUUUUUUUAAGGUUACUCUGGUUUAUUUCCCAAAUGCAGCUAGAAAUCAGAUUCCAACUGAAUACUGGAAUUGCUUUUGUUUUGCUUUUGCAUCAUGUCUCUACUUGUACUUUUAGCUAUUCAGUGACCAAAUGGGUGUAUGCUACUCUGAGACACUUUUAUUUUUAAAAUGAUCACAGUUAGCUCCUUCAAAAGUUUAUUGAUAAGACUUGUUGUGCAUAAUAGUAGCAUGUGCUUGCAAUGUUGCUGGACAUGAUCAAUGUGUUGUAACAAUUAAGCAGCAAAUCCUUUAAACUGCUCAAUUCAUUUUUAUGACAUGUCAAGUCUCCAUCUAUUUUAGUCAAAGAAAUGUGUUUGUGCAGAUCUCAAAUUCGUGUAAGAAAGAAUCUAUAUCUGAAAUGCCAGUUAAUGCUGUUAAAUGUGCAGAAUUAGUUGACAAGCUUGUUGAAAUGUUGAUUUUCCAGCAAACAGGAGUGAAUAAUACUAAUUGUAAAAAAAAAUUUUCAAAGCAAAAUCUAAAUUGCACUUACCUAGUUAUUCUCAAAUGUCCUCAACAGAUUUUAGUUUCUGAAUCAAAAUUACCAUCUGCCUCUCUGUCUGUGUCUGUGAUGGUGGGAUGCACAUGAAAAGUUGAUGAGAGGCAGAUCUAGGUGGGGUUCAAGCAGAUUGAUGGGGCAUUUGUUGUUCUUGUCAUCCACUACCUGCUCUCUCUGGACCUCUGUGCGGGUCUGUAAGUCUUUGUGCUGCUCCUUUUUGGCUGUAUCUGCUCAGUGCGGCGUGUAAUCAAUUACUUUUCCUGUCAUUAUGAGCGGGUCUGACCGAAUUGAGGAGUGUGCGCUUUCUUUGUUCCAGCACGUGUGGGCAAAACACUGGAGGGAACACCCAGGGAGAAAACACACAUACACACACACACACACACACACACACACAAGCGUAAAUGGACAAUAGAAAUCCCUGUUGUUCUGUGUGAUGUAUUUACAUGUAGUUUAAGCCGCUUUUCUGUCUAAAUUUGAACGAACAAAGCUUGAAAACCAUACUUACACUGUAGGAUGAUUACAUUUAGUCCUUGUCUUGUUGCUGAUCUAAUAAUUUAACACGAUUUGGACUGUGUGGCAAUUUUUUUGUCAGGGAUGAUGUAAAUGGUUCCAGCUGUAACAGCAGGGCGCUGCUGACAAACAAUAAUGACAUUAAUCUCUUCGUCUGCCAAAAUAGCACAAAACACACAUACACACAUAUGAAAUCAUACACACAUAAAGAGGCAUUGACACACAGAUGACAAUAUAUUAAACCAUUUAACAAAGAGUAACAUAUGGAGCUGCAGAGGGACUGGGAGUCCCAGAAACCCCCUGACUCCUCCUCCUUCGGUGGGAACUCUGUCCUCAUGUACCUUUUUUAUUACCCUGUGUUUGCUGAAGCUGAUUAGGCCACAUGGUUUUCUGGUUAACCGUCUUAACUCACUAUCAUUACACUACUUUGUUUAUUCAAAGUCCAAACAAACUUGGAGAAGGAAAAAAAGACUUUCUGGAAAUAGUUGCUCCAACCGCUGUGAAUUUCACUGUUGCAAAAGAAAAUAUUUGCUGUACUUAUUUUCGUCACACUCUUUGUCUGUCUGCGACUCCCCUCGUCUGUCCUCACUAACAGACGGAAACACACAUACAUGUGCAGUUACACGCAUACACUAGUGCUUGACUAAUAUAAAGGAUAUGUUUGGUUUGACUACGGGCCAUUAGAAUAUUGUGAAACAUACUGAUGUUGAGCAACAAACACAUGUUCUGGAUGGGAGCCUGGGAACUACAGUUACAUCCCUCGGACGAAUUUUCCCACAUCCUGCUUCGGACGAAAACAAAAGUUUGAGAAAGUCAGAAAAAGUGAAUCUUUUUUCUCUCUCAAAUGCUCUGUCAUUUAACUUGACCCAAAGAAAAGCCACUGCCAUGGCAAGAGCUGCCUAGAACCCCCUCCCCAAAACCCCCCCAUUAAGUCUUCUCAAAUCUCUAUGGAGACGCUAUGGCAUAAUCCCUGUUAAUCCCAAGCUUCCUCUUAUGGCAGGGUUGGAAAAGAACUCAGGGACGUGGUCAGCAGACUGCGAGGACGAGAGGGCGUGGACAGGGUUAUGGUGGCCAUUGUGUGCAUGAGUGUGUAUGUGCGAGUGCAUGUGAAGGACCCCCACAUAGUUCAGAGGGAUGUGUUACCGUGACAACACUAAUAAGUGGAGUGAGUGUGUGUGUGCGGGUGAGAGAGUGGACUCGGCGUCUAAACUUACACAGGUCAAAAGUCAUGACAUCUGGCAGAUGACCAAUUUCACCCCAUAUCCCCUAAAGAGAGAGAGGGAUCCUGCUCUUCCUGAAGGUGUUUACUGUCUUCAUUUAUAUACUUUUCUUAUGAUGUAAUCACAGCUGACCUUUAGAGCAGAUGAAAGGGUGGAAACGACCUGAAAACAACAACUGAUGGUGAACGUGAUGCUAAACCAACAAGCCUAGAUUUAAACUGUAUAGACUGACAUCACUGAUUCAACAAAGCUUUGCUUUAAGACCUCAGAAGAAAGCGUCAGACUGAAUUUGAUACUGGGCUGGUUGGACUCCAACAAAGACAUGUUGUUAUACCAGACAUGUACGUAUACAAAAUGAAUGUUUACUAGGAAAGAUUGGCUAUACCGUUAAACCUUCCAUUGGAGUUUUUUGUUGCUCUUUAUACAACCCCCCUGAGAAGAUGAAGCAAAGCCAAAGUAAUAAGGCUUAAGUAGAAGAUGACUUGAGUCACAAUUUUUAUCCUCCAAGGAUCAGGCAAAAGCAACACAGUCAGUUCAAAUAUGGUCAAGAUGAAUGACUAGAAGUUUCCCCAAAAAAUUUCUUCUAAAUUCGAAUAUCUCAUCAUCUAUGGGAUUUGUUUGUGCUACAUUUAUUAUGUACAAUUGCAAUUUUCAAAAGAUGAAUCAGACUGACCGAUGAUCCAGUAGCUUUCAACGUAUCCCCACCAGCCAGUGUUUGUUUUUUUGUCCAACUCAACAGCUAAUGAAACAUGCUCUAUUUAUGUUUUCAGCUUAAAAUGCACCAUUAAGACCCUCUGCACUGUCUCGCCUUAAAUUCAGCUCUUAUACUGUGAGUCCAAAACAAUGUUAUAAUGCAGGUCUGCCAUCAUCAUCACACCUUUAAGCUUUUAUAUUGAUCCUGCAGUGGUGUGAUAUUGGUGCCCAAGCUUGCGAUUUCAUUCUGUGUUUGAGUUCUUAAAGCCUCACAAUGAUCCUGUGGCCUCUGUCACAGCUCUGUAAGUGGUGGCAAAGCAAUGGCACGACUUGGUCCUACCAUCCCUCUUCUAAGACAUGCAUAUUUAUGGCUUGAUGUUUCAGGGGCUUAAAUAUUGCGGCAGUGCUUGCAUUUGAGGUAGUAACAGAAGCCUGGUAAAUAAGAUUAUGAUAUAAAUGCAGAGCCAGAAGGGCAGAACAGUGUUAUGUGUGCGUGCAUCUCUGAGCAUGCAUAUAUGGGGCUGUCAUUGUUUGUUUCCAUGCCUCAACCUCAACAACACAAUCAAAGAGAUAUGAAAUGACUAACUAGGUCAUCAGUAUUUUAUGGUUGUGGAUUCAACGGAUAAUUUCGCUGUAUGCUAGCAUGCUAACAUUUGCUGUUAGCCUAAGAUAACAGCCUGUAAAAGAACAGACACAAAUGCAGUGGAUACUGUGAAUACUAGAAGUGAUAAUUUUCAUAGAUGUCUCUUUAUUUAAGUAUUGUUGAAUACAAUUUUUAUUACACGUGAUGGUUGCAUUAUUUCGUUUUCUUGGCCAUUUAUUGAAAAAUUAUUACAAAACAUUUUUUCCAUUGCUAAGAGCACUUUUCUCUAAGAGUAGCUUGUUUUGAGGGAAAUCUUCAGGUGCAUUCCUCAGGACUGGUUCCCACAGUAAAAGACCCCCCCUGACACACACACACACACACACACACACACACACACACACACACACACACACACACACACACACACACACCCAUUCCAAUCAACAAACCACAUCCAUACAACCUUUAAAGAACAUGCUUAGCUCCUCUAUAGGGGGUAAAUGAAACUGCAUGGUUAAGGACAAGCUUUUUGGGGAGCUAGGAUUUGAAGCAAACUUAAAUCUUUGCUACACACGCUCACAAACACACAUAUAAAAAGCACUCUUGAGCUGAGCCCAUAGAAGGUUAACAGUGGGGUGUGACGGGGGUCUGUAAUGCGCAUAAGAAUUAACCUUCCUUCCCUCCCAUUGACUCCCACCGUGUUAUUCUCUGAAGCUGUUUCAACAUUAGUCACACACUUUUCUUUCUGCCCCCUGCCAUCGUUCUCCCUUCCCGCUCUCCUCACUGCACCAUCUCUUAAUCUCAUUCUUUCCUUUGUGCACCAGAGCCUCCUACAGUGAACAUAUCCUCAUUAUAUUCCCCAGCAGACAUAAGCUCGGCUGGCUGCAGGAACCUGUUGAGGCAUUUUUGAACUCUUAAGUGUGUGGGUUUUGUUUUGGAGUGCAUCUUGCUCUUCUCAAGUUUCUGGGCACUUCCUCUUUUUAUUGAUAGGACCCCUUCAAUCGGCAUCUUCUGAAAGCCAGGGUCUAAUUAGAUGGUUUUAGUGGACCAGACCUAGAGGGUCCCUCAAUUAGCCACUGGAGCACCUCUUCAGCUGGAGAACUACACUUUGAUGUUCAACUCUGAGUUUUUCAGUGUGAGGUCAUGUUUUUUCUGUAUCGAGCGACUAGACUGAGCAUGCAGGCUCCUAUAGAGAAGACUGUAUGCCAGAACUCUGACAGAAGAAUGUUGUGUGUUUGUUUUGAGUACUACUUUUUGCGAAAGUCAUGUGUGAGUCAACAUAGUGAGAUUGUAAUACCUGUUUUUCCUAAUCAUGCAUGACUGCUGUUAUACAUCAUUGUAAGUCAGUUAAACCUGUGCGUGUCUGUGUGUGCACGAGAGCUAAGAGAUGCCAGGUAGGGAGGGGAAAUGGAUUAUCUUUUAUGAACAUUAAUUCGUGUGUCAGUAUGUUAAAUGAGUUCAAAUUGGGUGUUAAUCUUGGUUCAUAAAGGGUCUGCAUCUUUGCAUUUGCUGCAUGUGGAUUUGUCUGUGUGGGCUCCUGGUCUGAUAAGAGGGGUGAGCUUUCCCAGGUCACUUGUCUCUUUCAUCUGCAGGGGAGUGACAAGUUCCCAGGGUCACAUAGAUGACCCCGCCUGUACGCUGUCAUUACACAGUUACAUCUCUGCCUAAUUACACUGGCCUCAUAGUGCACCAGCACACUACCAUGGGCACUGGAAACCUACAAUGUGAUUAUGGAUACUGGGGAAAAGGGAGGAUAGAUGUGAAAAAAGAGACAUCCUUUGAUGAGGAAAAGUGAAUAAAAAGAGAGGGCAUGUCUGGACAUGAGUCACCGGUCAAAGUGAGAACUGGCCAGACAGACGCGGGGCGCUGUCCAACAAGCCUUUCCAGAAACUCGGAUAAGAGUCUACAUGAAUAAAAGCAAAAGCUACACUGUCUAAAGGAGGAUUGAGUGUGUGUCUUUGAACGUUGGAGUGUUUGUGAGUAACCUGUUUGUUCACAUAGAAACUGUUUUUUAACGCUAGGCAACACCGAUGGCAGCAGCUAUACACACCUGCAGUUGAGCUUGCCAAGAUGCCAAUCAGAGUUCAAAACAAACACACUGUCAGAUACACUGUGCCCACCUCGCCCUGCUUGGUACGGGUGAGCAGUGGCCUCAAGAAUCCGGUCUUUGUUCUCUCUAGUCUUAAAACCAGUGUGUUAAUGAUCCCUCUCUCUUUCUGGGUGUGUUUUCUAAUCCCUCUUUUUCUGUCUGUUUUCUUUCUCUCCACCACUCACACAUUCCCUUUCUCCUGGCUUUAAUGAAAAGACACUGUUAAUUAUCUCUCGCUCCCCUCCUCCCCCUCAUCUGUCUGCCUCCCUCUCUCACCCUUCAUUCAUUUAUUGAACAGACUCCGCAGACAGACAGAUCUAUUCACCAGGGUGCAUUCAGUGCUUAAAGUGUUUAAACACCACUGGAUGUUGUGAAGGGGAAUAGAGCUCAGGGGGGAGGAGGUUACAUGAUACCCACUCUAUUCCUCUACAAGUCUCCAAAAGCCAAUACACACUCUGUUACAAUAGAAACACUGGAGUCAUUUACCCUCUCUGCAUCAGUACAUCCUGAUUGAACCGUAUUUAUGCCUCUGUACUGGUUUGGCUCCCAGCCAGCGUUUCUUCUAUAUAGAGGGCAACUGUUGAGAUAUUUAUGUGCAAUAAAUCAAAGUUCAAGUAUUUCCUACUUCAUCUGUGUGCCACUAUGGUCUGCCCUGAAUAAACGCAAAAAAACAAGACAUUUUGGAUGGAUAAAGAGUUACUUAAAUAAUCUUUACUGUAUAUGUUAGAGUGGCUGCAUUUGCACUGAAGACACCACAUCUAAAACUGAACGUGCGACAUUUAAAGUGGCUGGCAUAGUGUCGACUCAAUCAGUCAAUCAAUCAAUGCGUCAGGAAGAUAGGCAGAUUUAACUUAAGGUGUCCUAUGUCAUGUAUCUAUUGCAUGCAACUUAACUUUGCAUUUCUGCUUUUCAUGUAACAGGAAGUACUAAAUUAGGAUAUAAUUCCAUUUACUCCUUCUAUCUUGUAGCUGACAUUGCUGAUUGCAUUGCAAACUGCAAAACCAUACUUAACACUAAAAGAAAGUAUAGAAAUGGGGAUAUUUAGUGAUACAAAGUGGCCAGAAUCCAGGUUAAAAGUUGACAGAAACGCAAUAAUUUUUUUUCAUUGGAUAUAGUUUCCACUUCAACCUAUCUGACCUGCUAAAUAUUGUUGUAUUCUACACACUGUGCCUGUAAAAAGAUUGACGCAUAUUGAUGAGAAUUAUAAGGGUUUCCCACGAUAAAUGCCCCACUCACAAUCUGGCAAUUAAAAACUGUUGCUGAUAUACUGUAAACACGAAUACAUGGUUAACCGUUAGAAAGACCACCACACUGUGUACUAUAGGAUACCACUAUUCAGACUAUAGGUCUGAAAGUGAAACUCAGUUAAACACAAUUGCAUCUUUUUUCAGAGAAGAAUGUUUUCUUUUCCCCAAAAUUUUACACACUCCUACUCAGUGAAUAAAGUGGAUGCCAGCUACCCAGAGUACAGACUUUGAGUGCUGACUGAGUGAGUGGAGUCAGUGGGCUGUCUUGAGAGUUGAUUGGAGAUGUGAGGGUGUGAAAAUGUCUUUGACAUGUCACCUCAGAGAAUGUGAUGACUGCGUUUUUAUCUCGCGCCUGAACGCGCGUUAAAGCCCCUUUGCGCUUUUGGAAAAGGCACAGCUGGUCGCGAUCAGUGAGGCUGAGGCCAGAGGAGGAGGAGGAAUUCGGGGUGUUGCCUCCAUGCCUCCCUCCCUUGCUCAUCGCCUCCCUCCCUCCUCUCCUACGGUGGGUGUGUGAGCGAGAGACAGAGAGAGAGAGAGUGUGUGUGUAUCAGUAUAGAGGCACUGCAGGAGCGGGUCAGUCAGUUUACGCUGCUGACUCUUACAGGCGGUUCCCCUGAUAUCGGCACCAGCCGGACACACUCUCUCUCUUGCUUUGGUGCGAUUGUAGCGGGAUAUGCUGAUCGGAAACAAAGCGGCGUGAAAAGCUGGACGGUUGCAGAAUGAGCGGGCGCGUGCUGAACGGGAAAAUGCUGCAGCUCCAGGCUCCGCAUCGUGCGGGGAGGACAAUGCACUUUCUGUCAAGGUAAGAGAUAAGAGGAGACUACAACAUGCAACUGGGAACGCCGAACAAGAAGCUAAUUGACACUCUGGUGAGAUGACUUUGAGCUGUGUUGAAAUACGCGGUGGAAAUGCUCGCUAUCACCCGUGGUUUGAAUGAGGUUGUAAAAGCGCCGGCAGGGGCUGUGCGUAAAAAGCAGCAGUCUGUCUCAUUGAUAAAACUCCCAACAGCUGCAUGGUGGCACGUUUCAUUAUUAUGACCAGCAUGCACUCAGAUUGAACUGUUUUGGGAUAUUGUGUCAUAGUCUAGACGUUUGGUGAAGUACGUGCUCUAGGUGAGUGGAUGGACCGUGGUAUAGUCUGUACCGUCUGUGCGCAGACCUCAAUGCGGAAAGCCAUAUGUUGAAUCAGCAUUAUCUUUUAUUGCCGAUUCAUGAAUAGACUAAUGGAAACGGCAUCUUAAAGGGAGGGUGAUCCUUUAGCUUAAAAGGGACCCAUAUCAAAGGAGACAAUGCUGAUUAUCUAAUGAGCAUGAGCGCUAAUGGAUGUAAAUGCCGCAUGAGCACGCGCGCAACGUGCUUGCGCGCCUUGAGUGAAUCUAAAUUUUAUGGUAUGGUAUCUAUGGUCAUUGUUUUAAGCUACUGUCAUGAUCACAAGUGGUAUGCGGGUGUUUGGUGAUGGGUCAGCAUGCAGAGGCAGGUAUAUGUGAUUGUAUGUGAGUGGGUGGGUGUGUGAUUGUGUGUGAGUGGGUGGGUGUGUUCACAUUGAUCCGCUGCAGGACCGAACCGCAUUCUACUGAACGGCUGACCUACAUUUUGAAAGACGCCUUCUCCCGGUGUAUGUGCUGUGAUUGGACGAACUGAAUCAAGCCUCCUCCAUAUCAUCUUGCUACCCACACAGCAAAAAGUGAGAAUUAUCUAAUUGCUGGGUUAAUGUGUGGGCUAAACUAGACCAGGUAAUAUGUGUAGGAUGAGGAUGUUGGCUGAACAGAAAGAGGACAUAGACACAGACACGUCAUAUGUAUAUAUAGCCCACUUUUUAUAGGAAUAAUCGCUCAGUUAACCUUCCAGAAAGAUGCAUUAAGACUGAGGGAGAUGCUCACAUUGAUUUUGUUUGUCUGCAUGUGUGUCUAAGUGAGCAUUUGGGGGGUCUGCCGCUGGGGACAGGUUGUGGGUCAGCUUUGCUCUUUUUUGGUCCUCUGACCCCUAUAGGAUCCAGCGACCUUUUAUGUAAACCCAUUAGAGCAAAGUGGUCUGAUAUCAGGGCAUUGGGCACUCACACAGACAUGCACAUACACACACAAACACUUACCGAGUCACACACAAAUUUUUACCAACUGUGUGUUUAUAUAUGUGUGUGUUUGUGUUGGACACGUGUUCUUAAACACACUGGCUGUCAAAAGACCGAUAAACUAUAAGAGCUAAGCCAGAGGUUGUGUGUUUGUGUGUGAGUCACUUCACAUGUCAGCCCCUGUGUGGGUGUGUCAACAUGAAUGCCCACGUUCUGACACAUUCAGCAUGAGCCUAACACUGUCAGCCAACACAAAGAUCUGAUCAACUCUAUUAGUCAUUUUGAAAGCAACCCAACAUCAACUUUAGAGCCCGUCAGUUCGUGCCUGUGUGUGAGUGUGUUGUCAUAUGAACCGUGCACAAACUGCCUACUCAGCAUGACCUACCUCCAUGUAUCCAGAGCCACCCCUUAUUAACAAAACAACCUCAUUAUAAGAACUGAUUUGUGAGAUUGUGAUAUCAUUUACUGGAUCAUUUCACACCCAAAUAAAUCCUGUUUCUUUUCAUGGGUUAUGUGUUUGUUGAAUAUGGUCCCCUGGUCAGUGGAAGGCGUUUUCUUUUCAUUCCCAACAUUAACGAAGAACCACAUAGGGCUGAGCAAUAAAUCGAAAAUACCAAAACUGAAAAUUACGUCAAUAACCAACGUCAUUUUGCCCAUAUCCGCAUAUUAGGUGUCAAAAAAAUAAAUAAUUAAAUGUUGGUUUUGGAUGUGUGUAGGUAGGCUAUGGUCUCAUGUCCUUUUAAAACGCUGUCCUACAUCAGAGACAUGACUCAGUCCAGUCCAUAACAAAGAGGGAAAGACAGGUGAGGAGAUGGAGGACGGCUCAAAAGUUGUAGCGACUGUAGCGGCGGCUGAAGUAGACAAAGUUAAUGUGGGAGGGUGUGAGCAGCUUGUGGAGUAGUUAUCAUCCAUUUAUUGUUAUCAAGGUGAACUGCUUAAUAUAUCUUGAUAUUGAUUUGAGGCCAUAUCGCCCAGCCCUAGAACAACACAUUUAAAAUAGUCUAAAUAUGUAGAAAUUCACUAUUGUUGAACAAAUUUAGCAUAUUGCACUAGUGUCAAAGACUCAGGAUUCACCGUAGAUUAACUUGUUUUGGAAACACAGUUUGCUGACUCAGACGCUGGAUGAGUUUGUAGGGUCAACGGCCAGAUGAUCUUAUCACACCCUCAUUAUUCAAGCUUGAAGAAAAGCACUUAACCUUCAGCUCACAGUCAUGUCCACACAAAUGCCAAUAAAAAUGCUGAAAGGAAAAUGAGUGUUGAAAGCUUUCAGUCAGUAUAAUUGUGUUUAAAAAUGUCUCUAAAGUUCCCGUUCACAUAAAAAUUAAACAGAAUCCAAAAUACGUAUUUAUCUCUAUUUCUGUGCUUGUAUUAGACACAUAAUCCAUCAGCCAACCAGCCUAACAGUGUUACAGAUUGUGCUUUUGACCAAAAAAUGCCAAAAUAAAUCUGAAGUAAUUUCCCAAAGCAACUCAAAAUUUUAUAAUUGAUGGAGUGUGUGUUCUCGCCUUCCCUCCAAGGUCAUUAAGGAAACCAGAGAGCGAAACAACAGAUGCUUGUAACCUGUGCUUGUGAGACACAUGCUUGUUUUUAUUGUACACACAGGAGCCUGUGUUCACAAACAGAGCUCAUAUUUUCAUGAGGUGGUGCCCCCCGUGGUUUUAGUGAGUAUCUCUGUUACAUCAAAGCCGGAGGAGGACCUACAGCCAAACAGCAGCGCACCUUAACAGCCUCUUGCAGACUGAGAGGGAAAGCUUUAGGCCUGAUUGUGACAGCCAGGGAGAAUAACAAACCCCGGAUGUCAUUUUCACCUGAUAGUGGAGUCUUACUGUCUUUGAAGUUUAGGGUAGGGUGGAAACUUUCUGAGCUUUCUUUUAACUUAAUGGAAAGUGAAGCAGUUUCUGUAGUUUCUCUCGGGUUCAUGAACUUCAGACUGUGAUUUUUGUUUUUUGUCGACUGAAUCGUCCGUUUUAUUUUUGUGACGGUCUGUCUGUGCACUCGUGCGAUGGUAUGCAUUUGUGAGUCUGCAUAUGUCGAAGGAUUAGGGAGUGGGACCUCAGAAUACACUGGCUGGAAUGUGAAGUGUGUGUUUUCAGCAGCCCGAGGGCGAGGAAUGUCUCCCAAACUCACUGUAACAACUUUAAGUGGCAUGACCAGAGUGUGUGUGUUAUGAGUGACAGCAGGUGAUGGGUGCGUGCUCACGCGGGGUGCGCCCCAGAGGCUUGUCCGCUUCCACCACAUGUGGUCUCAUAUGGGAAUACACACUCAAGUAAUGUGUCCCCUCCCCAGCUUGAGAAUGUGUGCGUGUUUAAGUAGGUGUCUGCUUUAUCUCACAGACAGAAAUGUGAAAAAGUCCCUGCAGGUGUACUAAUCUGAUCUGUUAGAUCUCUAUGUGUAACUUGAUUCAAUUCACACUUAAGACACACAAGCACAUCUAACUUCUCCUAAUAGUUCCCAGUCGAAAUAUAUCUUAACCUUCUUGGGCUGGGCUGUAUGACCUCAAAUCAGUAUCAUCAUAUAUUGAGCAGUUCACCUCGAUAACAACAAAUGAAUAAUAACUACUCCACAAGCUGCUCACCCCCUCCUCCCACAUUAACUUCGUCUACUUCAGCCGCCGCUCCAGCUGCUACAGCUUAUUAACUGUCCACCAUCUCCUCACCUGUCUUUCCCUCUUUUUUACAGACUGGAUGGGGUGGAGUCAUGUCUCUGACAUAGGACAUCGUCUUAAAGAAACAUGAGACCAUAAUCUACUUUCACACAUCCCAAACCAAAUUUAUUUAUUUAUUUAUUUAUUUGACAGCGAAUAUACAGUGAUGUUGCUUAUUGAUGUAAAAUUCAAUAUCGAUGACUUUUCGAUUUAUCGCCUAGCCUUACCUUCUUGUUCCUUAAAUUUGCUUAUGAGACAUAGUUUGACCUCUGAGUACCAUCAGCAGCACACAGUUUAAUCCAGUCAGCACCCCAUGCUUCAAAUUCGAGGAUUUACCUCUUGUGUUUCUAUUGUCAUCAGAAAAUACAGAAAAUAGGAUUGAAUCGUCAUCUUUUUUCCCAGUGAUAAGGAGAGGGUGACCUUUGAAAUUGCUAUUCCAUUACUUGGCGGCUGCACUUUUCUCUUUUCACAUCAAGCUGUCACUUCAUUUAUUGUCCCCACUCUUAGUGCUCGAGUUUGUGUCAAAAGGGAUAGUUCCCUACUGCGGUUCUCCUGAUUGCAGCUUCCUCAUUACUGUAAGCAAAACCAACCAAACACUAUUAGAUUACUGAGUUAAUAACACUGAUCUAACUCAGAUCUGAGCAACAGUUUCCAUCCCUGAAACCCAACAGGUUCAUAUUUCGCACAGUUUUGUUAUGGUUGACAUGUGCUAAGGGAGGCCAGAGGUAAUUCUACCCCAAGAUCCAGCCCCUGUCCUGGGCCUCUGCAUGCCGGGGUUCCCCCUGUGAGCUCCUCCCCAGUUCUCAGCUCUAGUUUUGGGGCUGGGAAGCGCUCCACACUGCACCCCAGACUGAACUCCUUAUGGAGGUGAUUUAAAAGGCUGUUCCACCCUCGUCCCAGGAGUGCCGUCCCUCUUCUGCUUCCUGCUCUCUUGCGGAGAAGAAAAGGACUCUGGAAGAAACUCAGUGUGCUUCGGAGGGUCAAAGGUUAUUGUGUCACCACCUUUAACACCGACAAUGUUAAUAUCUUUAAAAGUGUCACAUUCUUUGACUUAUUUAACCGUGAUCUCUAAAUUAGGAUUAUAAAGACGACUUUGUGGAGAGAUUAAAGCGCAGUUUUCUGCCAUUAUUGUAAGUCUGAAAAUGAUAAAUUCUUGCUAAAUCAGCUCAAAAGGCUUUGUGUGUAUUGUGAUUGCAUUCAAAGCUUUGUAUCAGCCUUGUUUAGACUGAGGGUUAGUGACCUUUAACCCCAUUUGAGCUAAGAAGACAAAUACAAAGAUCAAGAGUGUGCGUCUGGUGCUUCCCAAGACCCCAUCUGCACGCCUCUCCCUGCUCUUACUGUUUUCCUUUUUGGGGCUUACCGAAGGAGAAGAUCCAGGCGACCCAAUUCACGUCUGCAGUAUCAACAGUCACAAACUUCUGGUUCCAGGAGUUUUUCACCAUUCGGAGGUCCUUAAAUGAAGCUUGGAGCUUUCAGCUGUGCAGACCGUCCUGUUUAAUUUCACAGGGAUGAAGGAGCUCAGAGCCAAGUUGACUCUCAGCAGCUAUGUGUUGAACUCUGAGCAAACCCUCGUCUGUCUACCCUGGGGAGGUCAGAAGUGAGAGAAGGGAUUCAGAGAUUAAUCUGCUGUCUGAGGAGAAUUCAGCUGAAGCAAUUUCUCCUCUUUUUAAGCACUGCAGUCCCUCUUUCUCUCUCUCUGUCCAUCCAUUUCUACCUCCCCCACAGUCAGUAAAAAAAAAAAACCUUUACUGACCAGGAUUCUUUGUGCAUCCCAGUUCCCUUCAGUACUUAAACUUUCCAUCCACAAAGCCCUGAAGCAUUUCUAGAAUUUGUCCCCUCUCCCCCUCGAGGAAAAUAUGGAAGAAAGAUAUACUUUAAUAUUCCUCACACACGUCUCAGAGCCAGGAAUAUGCUGCCUUGUUGGCUAUAGUCUAACCCUCAGAGGAGCAGUGGCUUGAGCGAAGCUGCCGUUCUCACUAGCUACUAACAUCACACACGUUUGACAGCUAUUUCAAACUCCACUCAAGGGGACAGUGGCAAUUAAGUGCACUUGAUUUGUAGUGUUUGUGUGUGUGUGUGUCCUAAUCCCUGAGGCCUAUGCUGUCAGGGAGUUGCCUGUCAAAGGCACAACAGGGUUUCUCCUCUGUGAUGGCCAUUCAUGGGUGUGUGACCUCUAUGGACUCACAUAUAUACACACACACACACUCUACCUCUAGCUGAUAUCCCUGGCCUGCUCUGAUCCUGGUGGCAGAUGGAAUUAGCAGUAAUUACGAGCUCAUUAACUUCAGCCUGUUCUGUAAUCCUCUGUAAUGCCCAAAUACUGCUGCGUUCAGUGUGUGUACAGACCGUAUUGUGCGCAUGCGUGUGCUCAGAAAAGACUGUCCGAGCAUUGACCGCUCUUUGUUCCACACCACAUCGUGGAAAUAACAGAGAGAGGAGACUAUAAAUAAGCUGAAGAGGAAAUGAUUUUAUCCGUUGAGUGUGUACCCAAAGGGGAGUGGACUGGCUUGUUGGCACGAUCUGAUUUUUAAUUGUGUCUUGUCAAUGAUUUACUGUAAGUGUUCAGCAGUAAAACUCAGCAGAAGAUCCGCAUGGGGCGGCUAAUUAAAAGCCUCGUUUAAUGACAGAUUUGUUGCCUAAUUGUUCGACAAGCGCUCGGUGCUUGGACAACAACGUGGAUGAAAAAGUAGUUUAUCAGUGAGAGUGCAGACAUUCAGCACAUAUAGAAGUGUUGCUCUUUGCAGCAGAUGGCUUAUAUUUUAGGAAAUAAAACCGCUGAUAUGGCACUUCUAACUAGUCCGCCUUCAACAGAAGUAAAGCCCCAGGAAUGGUCAUUGUAGCUACAAUAUGACGAUCAGCAGUGGCUGCAUGUUUACAAAAUGUUAUGUCUUGUGUGUGAGAGUUUGAAGCUUUCAAGACGUAAUAAAUGCAUGGACUGCAGAGGAGAUCUCUUCUUGUCCCUAUAUGGUGCUGCAGAGAUGAAUAAUCCUGCAUUAGGGGCCCUCCUUAAAAAAAUCAAUAUGAGAGUAUUUUAAAUGCUCAUCCAGCCAGGAAGCAUGUCCGAUAUCAGAUCAACUUGUCCCAAUUCUGCUCUCGUUGUGAUUGGAAAUAAUUAUUUUGUUUCCACAAUCUGUUAUACGCGCAUAAGCCAACAAGGUGUUUCACAGAUCUAUGUGUGUGUGUGUGUGUGUGUUGGAGUGUGUGUUUGUGUCCUGGUGAUAAGCUGCUAAAGUGGUCCAAGGACCCAUAUUGUUAGCCAUCUGUGCACACAAGACACACUCGACCUCCCUUUUGGUCUUAUCAGGUAAAUGUCCACCACACGCAUCUGAAGAGAGCUUGUGCGCACAGUCAGCAUGAUUUUUAUCACAGAAUGUCUAAGGCUCGAAUCGAGGCUCGACUGCAGCGUUUGUCUACAGACUCUUUAAGACCGUCAGUGAAGCUGUGACCUUGCUGGGAUGAGGAAGCACAGAGGGAUAGGUGUGACUGGUCACAAUGCUGUCCCCUGCAAAUGAGUCAAUAUUUCCCCUGCAUGUGUGUUUAUAUAAGUGCUCUUUGGCGUAGUUAUUGGUGAGCCCUGCUUGGUUUACAUCCUGUUUUAUCCACUCAGACUGAAACUCAUGGUGGAUUUUGAAGUCAACAGCAGGUCACGGUGCUACUGUUGUGUUUCUUGUUUUCUUUGUGUACUUCUGCUUUUUAACUCCAGAUUUGGUCUGUGAAGUCUUCUGGACUUAAGAAAUAUUCAUAUUCAUUCACCAUCAACCCAAAUGUAAAGUUAAAUGUUGCAUUUAUGACACGGUUAUUGAAUCUAUUUCAGAUGGGGGGUUUUUGUGUACUAGCAGAUGUGUCCUCUGAGUGUCCCUCACCCCUGCCUCAGAGGGCCAAGUCACCUGCUGUUGUCCUCCUCUUUAGGUUGAUCUGGUUUCUAUCUGUCACACUUGAGUGUACAGUCUGAUACACUAAAAAAAAAACAAUGAACCGCACCAUAUUGUCCAGCACCAACCACAGUCUCACAUUUACUCCUUUUUAGUGGAUCUAAUGACUUCAACAGCUCUUUCAUGCAUGCCCCCUCCGGUUUCUGGGCAGCCGACUGCCCAGUGCCAGUUGGGCCGUGCCCUACUUUCCAUUAGCCUGAAAAGGCAUCACUACAAGCAGGAGCCUGUCUGAUUUAGCCAUUCUGGGUUCUGCCAUGUGACACUGAGGGUUUUUAAUAGGAAUGGAAAGUUCCUGAACACUGGAACACUUUCCAUGCUUUUACAAUGUGUGCAAAUCUCAACCUGAAUGAAACGUGCGUAACCCCAGGAGGGUACAAAUAAAAGAAACCGUUUCAUACCAGCAUUUCAUUUCAAAAUCUUUGGCCUAGGAACUACAGCAUCUAAUUCUUUCUAAACACACUCGCAGACUCACUCACAGUCUCCAACUACUAGCCUCAUUAUUUUUUAUCUUAUCCGCUUUAGUACACUCCAGAGAUUCCACUUUCUGUCCGCCUAUCCCUAAAUAUCCAGAUAGCGUUCGCACUCUUAGCCAAAAGCCUUUCCCUUAGAUUUUCUUGCAGCUAAGUAGGAAUUUGUUCACAUGAAGUGUCACCCAGCAAAAUGCAAUACGUGUCUCCUUGAAGUUUCACAAACAUUUCCAGUGUAUUUUAGUCCUCAGACAACAUUUGCAAAACCCGCUCUGAAAUUUAUUCCAAAUCCAACAUUGGCUUCAUCUGUGUUUACUAGCUUGCGGCCUUCUUUUUCCUCUGCUGGUGUGUUGCUGCACUUCUUAGCUUAUACCCUCACCUGAUGAUCAGUGGUGUAGUGAGACCCUAUUGCCACCAGCAUUCUUCUGCAUAACAUAACAGAACAGGGAUCGACUCAGAGAAAAGUAGAGGUCUUAAAUCUGAAAGAACACAGACUACCAUGAAGAUAACUUCUCCAAACUUAUAUGAUCAUUCAAACAGCUGAUUCUGUUUAUUUGCGGAAAAGUGAUCUAGAAUUAGAUUAUCAGAUUUCCAAUGGCAUUUAGCCUCCUCUUGUUAUCGAUCUGUAGCAGACUUUGGCUAUAAUUUGUAUUGACUAUAGGUCAGAUAAAGUCUUUGUUGUUCCUUUUAUCUUCUCUGUCAUGAGAGUUGUUUUUGUCUCUGUCCACAGUUACUACCAGUAAAGUCAGGAAAUACUUCAUUAGCAUUACAGUUGACUCACACCUGACCUAAGCUUUCGUGUCACAAUCAGUUUGAGUGAAUGUUAACUCAGACAGAACGGCUGAGCAACAAAUACUGUCAAGUCUGCUCACAGCCGCUGGCAAGACUCCAACUCCCAGCAGGCAGUGCACCCUCAAACCACAAGCAAAGCUGCCCUGUCUCUGCAGUAGCCUUUUCUGUCUUUUGGAUCUGCUGUUUUUCUCUCACUUUUCCCUCCUAUCAUUCAACCUCCGACAGGUCAGAGUGAGAAGAGGAUAGGAGAGAAGGAAACAAGGUCCAGAGAGCUGCAAAGAAAGACUAUUCAUGUUGAGAUCACAGCAAUUAGCUCCAUAGCCUGAAUGACCGAGGAGGACAGAGGCCUGUUAAUAAAAGCUGAUUAUUUAGCUCAACAGCAGCUAUUGAACCACUCUCUUGAUAGUUCAUGAGGCUCAGGGUCUGCGUGGGUGUGCUGGUCCUUGCAGCAGACUGUAAAGAACAAAGAAAUCAUGUCUCUGUGGGAAGAGGAUGCUGUUUAUAUUGACCACCAUGACCUUAAACAGGCUGGAGAAAAAAAAGAAAACAUUCAAAUCAUUUGAAAUAUUCUGCAUCAUGAACAAUACAUCCUCAUUCUGUGAGAGGUGACUAAUUCUCAGAUUGCUCUCGAUUUACUGCGACAUGUCUUAUAGUUGCGGUUUUAUGAGAAACGAUGAAGAAGGAAGCUACUGUUGUGCAGCUGGGAUGGGAUAACUGAAUACAUUGAGUCCAUGUUGCCUCUUCUACACACAUGCAGCAUUUUUUACAUUGUGCACAUUAAAAAAAAAAAAACGCUUGAGAAUGAGCGUCAUCAUCUCAAAUUAAUUGACAGUUAUUGCGCUCCAAAUCAAAUAAGCGUUGAUGUUGAUUUAGUUUACGAUAUUGCAGUCACAGGGCGCCAUUUUUCAAUGUCAUCAUCCUUUCCCUCCAGGUUGUGUUGUUCAGCUUGAGAUCAGAUCUGAGGUCGUAACAGGUUGACAGAAUUUUCACUCACAUUCAGUACACACAGAAGUGAUGUGGCAAUUUCUUAUGAAAGGAAAACAUAAAGCAGGUUUGAAAGUGACAGGGGAGUGGUUUUAGUAAACAGGUGCUUCAGUUUAUGUGUGAGAGAGGUGAUAAAAUAAAUGGGUUGGGGCGCCAUUUGGCCUUGUGGUCUACGCAUGCGCCUCAUACAGUAUAUUGAGGUAAUACCUCAAGCUGCCAGCCUGGGUUUGCUUCCUGCCUGCAGCUCCUGUCACGCAUUUCUCAAACAAAGGCCAAAAAGAGAUCAUUUGUCUGAAAAGGUUUUUAUUUUAAAGAAUGGUUCGCUAUUAUUAUUCUUCCAUCUCUGCAGCUGCUGCUUAAAAAUGAAAAAGGAGGCGCAACGAGGGAAGAUUAUCAGAGGAGAUUUAAGAAGCCGCUGUUAAGGAAAUUAGGGAUUGAGUUGAGUGAGGGAGAGGAAGGGAGUUGUGGCAGAUUUAAGAGAGAGUUCAGUCUCUACCAUGUAGAGUGUGCAUCAUCUUAAGAGAAGAUGGAGAGGAAUUUCUGUGUCAUGAACAGAUUUUUUUCCUCCCUCUGUUUCUCCCAGUUUUUCAUACUUUUUCUUGUACUUGGUUCUUCUCUCCCACCUGCCUCUUCAUCCUCUUCACUUCUCAAGUGUCCUCAUGUUUCACGGCCCUUUUUUCAAACUCUGGCUUGACUUUUAUCUCACCCAGAGGAGUUGAUGGAGGACUACAACAAGAUGACAGGGAACAUAGUGCAGCAGUAACUUUUCAGUCACCGAUCGAGAAUAUCAGUUUUUGGCUGGGAAAUAACACAGAUCUUUUUCAGCCAAGCCAUUUGACUCACUUUGGAAAAUUCCACUUGCAUGAAGCUUAAAACCCACAGCUGAUAAUUUCAGAGAUCUUUUGGAGCUUAAGUUAAGCUAUUCUACUCAAAGAGCUGAGGAGUGUAGGUCAUUAAAGUCUGAUUUAACAUAAUUACUGCAGAUCAAAGCGGGAGGCAGCCUUACUUUUUACAAUGACACUCCCAACUCAAGCAUGACCUUUAACUCUGACUUAUGAUUUCAGUUACUUUCUGCAGUCAGGAAAGCAGCUCUUCAUUCAACAGUUGAUCUUUUGCCUGGGAAGUUUCAGAUUGCUAUGAAUAAAGAUAAUUUUGAAUAUUAUGUCAAAGCUGAUGACAAGGAAGAAGAGAAGACAUGGUGCAGAUGCAAAAAUGUGACUGAUCCAAACAGACGAAGUUAGGGCUGUAAUCAACCAAAGAAAUUCUUGGUUGACUAAAACCCUGAAGGCAAACCCUUUUGCGGUAGGUGACGAUGUGGCUCGGCGGAGCACGGCUCGGCAGGGUGAAAAUAUAUUGAUAUCGGCACAAGAAAAAAUUUAAACACAAAUAUUAUGUUCCGCAAACCACCGAAUGUCAAUUUACGUGGACGGUCUCCAAGCUUCUUGUCUUCAGCAGGUCUCCAAUGGGUUGGGCGAUUCCAAAAUGGUGAAAACUGAGACAGGCUGUUACCUGUGAAACGGGGGUGCUCUGAAAACACCCCCAUUAUUACUUGGUACGUUCCUCCUAAUGAAAUUAACCAUGGACUGUAAAUUGACGCGGAAAAAAGAUCGAGUCAACCAAUCAAAAUUUUAGUCGACCUAGCAUGUGUCGACCAAUCAGUCGACAGUUGAGACUUAUGCUAAUGAUCUACACAUGAGGAAACUGCAUCAGUUAAAAGAAUCUCAUCAACAGGAUGAAAACAAGAGAUACAAGAGUUUUUAUAGUUACAGUAUAAAGCUGUACACCUUUUCUAAUAUUAAUACAUGGGAUCCUUGAUGAUUCACCUUUGUGCUGUCUGUCAUGGAUAACCCCUGACCCCACCUUCCUCCUCUGUGGCUUUCUGUUUUCACAUCUGUCAGCUCAGUGACAUCAAAACCAGCAGAGAGGGUGUUAUUUUGGCUUCCUAUCAGAUCUGAAUUAUUCAUCAGAGAGCGUUAUCAUCCACAAAAGCGGCGGUAGUGAGCACCCAGACAGCUCUGAAGUGAAUUACAAGAAGUGAAAAGGAGGGUGUUUCUUCAGGAAGAUGCUGAUAUCAACACAAAGCUGUCUCCCAAGAAGAGAUUUCCCAGCAGCAAAGAGUUUGUUCAUGAAGGAUGAACAAAACAGGCAGAAGUAUCAGGUUCAAAUAGACUGCUUUUGUUAGAUAGUUCAUUGAAACGAUUUAGUAACAGAGAACGAGAAAUCUGGUUUAGACAGGACCAUAAGCUUGGUUUUAAGAGAACUAGAAAAAUUGUUCUCUUAUUCAGUUUCUAAAUUUAAUAUUUUUCCACAAAUCAAUCAUAUCUGGUUGAUGCAAAUAUCACAUUUCUUGGAAAAUUUUAAAACAUGAAUAUGAAAUUAAAAUGAGAAUUAAAUGAUCACAAUGGAUCUCAAAUAUUCUAAAUCAAGUGAUAUUCACCAGUCCUUCCAUGGAGCUCGUUAUGUUAAUAUUCUUUUGUGUGUUUUGGUGACAGAAAAUGCUUGUCUGCUCUCUGAACAUGUCUCGCCCAAUCUUGAAUUUGCCCCUAAUCCUACUCUGGCAUACAGACAAGGCAGCAUGACAGCCACUUCAGACAUAAAAUCUCGUCUGCUCUUUUUUUUUCAGUCUGUAUAUCCACAGGCGAGACAGGGAGGGCUUUCCCUUCAACCCCUCUCCCCCUGAUCCUCGCCGCCAUGCCCCCCAGGGUACAGUGUGACCCACACAGGCACCCAUCCGGAAGGCCAAACACCGCUUUCUCUCCUUCCAUCCUCCCCUUUGACACAGUAUACAUGACCUAAUUAGGCAAGCCCCGCCCUCUUGACUUGUUGUACUAUAUGCUAUAAUAUCAGUGCAACCUAUUGACCCCAAUGAGAGAAACCAACCCCCUAACCUCCUGAUUGUGACCUACUUAAUGUUUUAUGGCACAUGUGGAUACACACCAACAUACUCAAGACCACCUCUGAGAUGUGCCGCACCCACCCCCCAUUCCUAGAAGUCACUGAGUCCGAUCAAAUUUGAGUCAUUUAUUUCUUAAGAAGAGAUUUUAUCAGAGAGAGACCUUUAAAAUAGUCCGGUAUAGCAAGUGCGUGUUAUUGAUUCCACCUGCUAGACAGAAAGUAUGACAGAAAAGCGAUGCCUAAGGAAGAUGGAUCAAACACCACAGAUGUCUGGCCACUUUCACGAGUCGGUUAUGUUUUUGUUUAAGAUGCAAACAGGUAACCCUUGUUUCUUCUACCUGUUUAUACCAGAACUGUCAGAACACUUGCUUCUGGAGGUAGAAAAAAUGUGUAAGCAGAUGUGUGCCGAGCGAACAGACUUCACAGUCCUGGCGCUGACUCCCCUCCAGCGAGCACUUGUGGGCGAAUGCAACAGUGUAUAUGUACUUCAGUUCUAUUUCUGUGUGUGUGGGUUGAGAUAUUGUCGAGAGUGCUCCAGAUUUCACUUUGCCAAGAGUUUGCAGCUCACGAAGUGUGAAUGUUAGUUAUACAGAGUGGGCAGCAUUAAUUGAGGUCAAUUCAUUUUUAAUCAAAAAAACAAAGAGGAGGACAUGGAGCCGAGUAAACCAGGCGCUGGUGUAACCCAGAUUUGAUAGUUCAUACUGUGCAUAACUUCAUGGAGAUAUCUGACGGUUGCAGAUUGUUUUUGGUCAGAUUUCUUUGAUUUGAGAGCUUGUGGUCAUAAAUGAGGGGCGAGGGAUCUGUGCUGGAAAACAAAGUAUGAUCUUCAAGCCUUCUGAAGCUGAAAGAGUUUGGUAUCUUGAUCAAGGACAUUUUCAGAUAGGCGGAUGUUGAUCGCAUUGGAGCUUUAAAUAAUAAUACCAGAACAUUUGAUCAGUUUGUGAAAUGAGGAUGAGAGCAAAGCAAAUACAAUGUGUCUGAAGACAAUCUUGCAUUUGAUCCAGAUAAGAUGUUAUAAGACUGACGAAACGGCAUCAAUGAUAGUGUUUCCAACUCUGAGAAUACUCCUACAUAUCCAUCUUGUGAUCUCAAAGACUGCUCACUGGAAACAUGUAGAGCUUUGAAUUUGAUUAUUUUUAACUUUCAGCAUAACUCUAUCAAUAAGUAAAUACUGAGAAUACAUGUUUUUCUCAUAACGAACUAUAGAGUCAGUAAAUGUCAUUUUGAAAUCACUGGCAUCUUUAUACUUUAGAAAUUUCUAUCUUAUUCACUUACUUUGUGAAAGCAGCACACACUGUUUUAAAUAUACAUUCAGGGGCAUAUUUACUUUUACUAAAUAGGACAACUGAAGAGAACAGCUAAUGUGGACCAGAGAGUGGGGAAAUACAUGUAGCACAGGGUCAUGGCCAGGAGUCAAACCAGCAACCGCUGAUCCGCAUGGACUAUAGCCUCUGUUUAUGGGGCGUGCUUCAACCGCUGGGCCAUCAACAUCCCCAGACACACACUGCUUUAACCUUUGAAUAGAUUUUCUUUCGCCUUUUGCAUUUGCUACCCUUUUAGAUAUUUCUGCUGAUUUGUAAACAAACUUAAACAUAAUGUCAGGUGUGAUGGUUUCACCUGAAUCCACAGCUGCAAACAGUUUCCGAAAGUUCACACUAUUUCCGGGUGCUAGUGUGGGUGUAUAGUAUCCUAGAGAGUUUGUGGACUGUAAUUUAAAAGUCCCUGCUGUAUAUGUUGAACAUGAUCUAACCUUUCAUCCUUUGCAAUUGUUUUUUUUAGUUGGGAUGAGAGCAGUUCCAUCAGCAGCGGCCUGAGCGACGGCUCAGACAACCUCAGCUCUGAAGAGUUCAACACCAGUCCCACUCUCAACUCCCUCCCUACCACUCCCAUUGGCUCCCGCAGAAACUCAGCUGUGGUGGUAAGUAACACACAGUAUUCUCUCUCACACACACAGAGAAAAUCCUGUUUGAUUUAUGGAUUAGCAGUAUGUUGAUUACAGCAGUAUUGAUUAAGCCGUUAAUCCAGUAUAGGUAUUGAUGAGGUGUUGGAUUGUGUGUCAUAGGCUUUGUCAGUUUGCACUAAACACACAGAUUCACAAUGGAGUACACACAACCGGCAACAAGACUCAGGACUCCGAGACAAAGCCUGAUUAAGUAUUCCAUGCACAUCCGUAUUAUUUAUCACAUCUGCAGCGAUCAAUGUCAAAGCAACACACACUUCAUAGAGAGGAUGGCCGCAGUGUUCAACAAGACGCCCUAUCGGUCCAGUUUUAAGUCCACACUUGCCUGUCGAACAAACUAAAUCAUUUUAGCCCUAGUUUACAUUUCUUGCAGGAUUUCACCCCCCUGAUUCAGUUGUAUAAGUAGUUUAACUGAGUUUGAAGCACUAGAGAUUCUCUUUCUUUUGCAUAAUUCAUUUAAGUCGGUCAAUUACUCUUUGCCCUGGUCUCAGUAAUCUGUUUUGAUGCUUUGAUUUUUCUGUCUCGUGGGACAGGAGGUUUUAGACUUGUGACCUCGGUGCUUUUUAGAAUCCUGUCUGCAGCUCUGCUUGAGGUUCUUUUAGAUCCAUCUGUAGCUGAAAGGGUUCCAGACACUGUGUGUAUCUGUGUGUGUUUUUCCUGAGUGUCUGAUAUAGGUCACACCUCCGCAAUGUGGUUAAUGUGACUAAUGUAGAGGGAUUUUUGAGGAAGAGAGACAACAUGAGCGGGAAUCAGUGUAACCAUAGCAACCGUGGCGCAGGGAUGCUGAGAGUGCUGGUCUUUGUCUGCUCACGUAUACUAAAGGGAAGGUCUAGAACAUGGCCAUCUGCACUCACCCACACACACACACACAUGCAGAAACACACACACACACACACUCACACACAAACAAAUGCACACAGGGCCAUCUGCAGUCCUGCAUCCGGGCCAUCGAGCCAUAAGAACCGGGACACCUCCCCUCCACGCCUUUUUUUUAGGAGUCAUAGCAACCAUUACCCCCCUAUGGCAUCAUUGCCAUAGCAACUAACUAUCACAUCAUCAUGCACCCCACACUGUAUCUUACACAUGGCUCCCUUUUCCCUGCCUCUCUCAGCUGAUGUUUCUCCUUUUCUUUGUGUCCUGGGGCUUUUUCUUUGUCUGCUCCCUCCUCUGCAUCCUUCCUCGUACGUUUCCCUUUCUGCUCCUGUUGAUUUUUAAUUUCCUCAAAGACAACCCUGACUUAACAUCCUCUCCUCCUCCUCCUCAUCUCCCACAUAUAAUUAUAUAACAUACUUAACAAGGAUAUGAGGGUGGAGGAGAGGUGGGUGAAGAAAGGGGGCACAAAGAAGACAUGGCAGAGGGAGAGAAUUAAAGCCGGAUGUCGUGAAAGUGGGACUGGAUUUUCUCUUUUCUGCAUUGAGACGAACCAAACAUUAUAUUCAACACACCCUGUUACCCAUCACCUUUCAGUCCGUCAGUCUGUCUGUCUGUCCAUCCGUCUGUCUGUUUGUGUUGUUAUCCAUGUUUUGCCACAGCUAUCUGAACAGAUGUGGAUCUACCCUCCUGUUUCAAUAAUCAGAAAAUGUGUGUGAGGAAAUGACAAUGUUUUAUCAACAAGGUCUGUUCAGACAGGACACACACAGACACACACAAACACACGUGUGCUGCUCAUGCACCUCCACUCAUGCAUGACUCCUCCUCAUGUGAUGUGAACCUCCCUAUGGGGUCUAUUGGUUUUAAUAAAAAAGGAAUUCAGCAUAUGAGUCUUCAUGAGAACCUCUUGGUGCAGUGUCCUGAACUGACACACACUCACUCACACACACAGCUUCAUAUUCACACACCUCCAGAUGCCUUGUGUAACCAUUACAGGGGGUUGAAUAAUCUGACGAGUGAAAACAAGUGAUUUCCUCCUUUUGCAGACUUCAGUAAACACACACACACACACACACACACACACACACACACACUUAUAUAGAGGUUGUACGUUGUGUGUUUUCAGAAUAUGGGCACACAAAACACCCAACAGUGACCUCACAUUUAUUUCAGUUUAACAAUUGACAUCUCCCCUGAUUGGAUUAUGUUUGGACUUUCCCUCUGCCAGAAUAUUCGAUUGACCUCAUCUAUUAUUUUGCAUCAGUGGGCUGUCGGUGUGCAGGUUUAUUUUUAAGUGUUCAAACAGAGCAAACAGUAGGAUUCAGACUGAAGUGAGACAUGAGUUAUGACUGGGCUGGAUGUGUUUUUUUUUCUGCUUAGAGAGUAUCGAAAUGAGUCUAAAGCUCUCUCAAAAUCAACACACCUCAUCAAGUUUCUCAAUCUCUAACCCAGUUAAGCUAAGAUCAUGUUGAUUUUUGGCAAAAAUCAUCCAGUGAGUUGUUCAGUUGAAUCAUUCACGCCUGUGCCAAAACUUUGUAACAAAGAUAGUGUUGCAGGAUGUCAGGAAACAGUCAAACAAAAGGAAACUAGAGUAUUAGUAUUCCAAGUCACGAUAUUGUGGUGAGAUGGACUUAACAUGGAUGGAGCACAUCCCAUCGUUUUUCCAUCCCAAAAUGCAUCUGCAUCUUUUCCUUUUCAAGGAUUUUCUUGUUUGAAAGAAGUGACUACAAUUGUAAAUUUUCAAAACUAUCCAAACAGAGAUCCUCUAACAACUCUUUUCCGAAUGCUUAAACCAUAUACGGUCAACUUUUCUUCAAGCUGUCAUUGACAAACUGUAAAUCAGACUUAUGAGCUUUGAAGCUGUCAAGAUUUACACUCUAACAAAUCUAGGUGAAGACUUAUGUGACAAAAUAAUUAGUCAAGGCUGGAAAGCCCGAUGCGAUCCAGUUGAGGUGGGGUGCUGGGGUUUUGCUGGCCUGUCACUCCACCGAACCUUCAAACUCCUUGAAGUUAAAGGUCAGCUGUGCAAAAGAGCCAUCAAGAACAUCACAGAGGCUGCAGAGAAAGGCUCAAGAUGGCUGUGGAUCCGGAGGGGAGAUCCUUGGAGUAGCGGGCCACUUGGACUCAAGUCUGGGGCUGAUCACCCCUGACUGGGUCGCCUGGGCGAGGGUGUUUGAUGAUCAAAGACCCGAAACACCCAAUGACCUCAGGUUCAUCACUGAUGAUGUGUCCAAGUAGCACCUAGAGGUGUAUUUUAGAACAGUCACAGUCUUUGCAGAGCAGGCGCUGCAUGGAUUUUGAUCAGAAUUAUGCAAAUGAAGCUAUUUUUAAGAAUGAUUUGAUUGUGCAGGAACUGUUCCAAUUUUCUAACUGGACAUUUAAGUCCAUUGGAAGAUUUCAUGUACGAUCAAGGUGGUGUGUUUUAGUGUUUAUUGAUUGUUUAUCAGUAUUUCAAUGCUGUGUUUUUGCACUGAUCUUUGUCAGUCCACUCAAGUGUUUCUAAAUGUCUCUGUGUUUUUUUGUAGAUGCGCACAGACGCAGAGAAAAGAUCUCUUGUGGAGAGUGGUCUGUCCUGGGACACCGACGACACCAAACCCAGCCGUAAGAGCCAGGGCAGCGGCAUCUACGAUACAGGAAGUCUCAAGUCCGAGUCUGCCAAUAAAUGGAAGAAGACUCGUACGCACGGGGAGGGGCUGGAAGGAGGAAAGGGUGAACUUAAGAAACCUCAGACCCUGGCUCAUGGAAACGCACUGAAGAGAGGAAGAAACCCACCUGUGGGAGUCACAUCCCCGAUCACACACACAUCUCAGAGUGGGCUGAAAGUGGCAGGUGAGUGAAGUACCUCACGCACACACAUGCACAGAGGGAUGUCAUAUAUAAAGCUGCUCUCGAAAUGGUUUCAUAACCUGAGCACACUGACACAUUUCUUUGGCUGUCUUUUUAAUAUUCCCCUCCACUUGGCAGCCUUGCACCCACACAGUCACAGACGCACUCUCUGUCUUCAUCCCACACAUUCACCCACAGCUGCAGCCCACCCUCCAGGCUUUUAGAAAGUGGUGCCAUGUAUCAAACGCCCAUCAACACCCACUCCCUUCCUGCCAGCCAACCACACACACACACUCACAGACACACGUAUUCUACACACAGACACUGACUAACACUGUCUUUCUAUCCCUCCUAUUGGUCCAGCCUUUCCUAUCCAAGCUUUAUUUUAGUGCCGGACAGAGAGAAUUUAUAGCACUUAAAUGAAGGCCUUGUACCCAGGAACAACUGGACCAGAGACAGUGUGUGUUUGUAAUAGUGUGUGUAUCUAAUUUUGUGUGUUGUUGUGAGUGCAGACACAUCCAAACAGAGGGUCACCCCUCACACUUAAUACGCAAACACACUCUCACUCACACACAAAGAGGACACAAUAGAGGGGAUUGUGCAGCUGUCUUUUAGGCACACCAUCUGUGUAACGUUAAUGUACGCGCACACACACUUGCAUAUAGACAACCCAAUCAACAGGAUAUUAGAUAAUGUGAUGUCUGCCAGUCUAGAUAGGUAGAGUCUGUGUAAACAGUUGUCUCUCAGUGGGACUUCAUUGUUUGCGCUGCCAGCUGUUACAAUGACAGAUAUGUCAGAAAAACAGUGUCAGAUCAGACUGUGAUCUAUGAGCAAAGCAUGCAGACAUGAUCAGAUAGAAAGAUGUCUUUGUCGCUCAUCCUCGAGCUCAGUUUAUCCCUGAGGUUUUGUAGGAUUUUGCGUGUGUUUGUGUCUCAUUUGGAUGCCUUUGUGUCUGCAUGUUUGUGGCAUUGCAGGAGACACAGCUAGUGUGAGAUGGGGAUACACACUAACAUGAUUGAUACUCAGUCUACAGUAUAUCCUGCUUGUACUGAACAUUGGUGCACUCUGUUCUAAGGGUAACUGUUGCAUAACUUAUCAACUUGUUUAAAAAUGAGAAACUAGGAAAACACACUGUCUAAGUUUUGAAGGAUGGGGUUAAUGUUGUCAAACCCAAUUUUCCAAAGAAGCAAUAACUAACACACAUGCUGUUUUCCCUGUCAGUAAGUAAUAAGCAGUCAUUUUAAUUCUAAUAAAUGUAUUUUCUUUGGUUCAGGUCUGGGUUUUAUUGUCUUCUCCAAACAAAAACAGAUUUAGUGAACAGUAAAUUCCUCAGUCUUCACUCUCCACUGGAAAUAUUUUACCUACUAGGCAUACUUUUACGACUUCUUACAAUUGAGCUCAACAAGGGGUGAUAAUUUUUUCCAAAUUAUUAAACCUUUAUUUGUUUGAAUCUUGGAGCAGAUGUUUCCAACCUUUUUAAAGCCAGGGUAUCCCUUCUACAUUGUACUCAUAGACAGAGGUGAUACAGAGAGUUUGUUUUUGGAACUCUUUGUGUUCACACAAACACGGACUGCAGAAUUAAUUUUAUGAUUUGGUGUAAAAGAAGAAGAAAAAAACAGUGCAGGUGUUGUUCCUGUUUCUUCCCAUUUAUUGUCCUGUCAGAGUGAAAAGCUGCUGACUGGUCAUGUGCUUCCCCCUUUUUUGUCCUCUCUGUCACACGCACUUACUCUAACAUACACUGCAGAUGCUUGGAGCCACCUGUGUCAACAAGUGCUACACAUUUACACAUCAUGGACACGAGUACUGUUUCUAAAUCACUGCAAGAAUAAGUGGAUCCAGAAACUGAUGGGUUUCUAGAUAGAAGAAAUGAGGGCAUUGUGAAGUUAAGUAUUAGUGAUCUUUGCGACAGUUAGUUAGACCUAAAAGGACUAAAAUAAUGAGAGCAUAAAUAAGCCUGCAUCUGGAGAUGUUGUGAUCUAGAUAACUCAUGAACACAGUUUGUCUGUCUGUCUGUGUGUUCAGAUCUCUAUUUCUGCUGACAUGUAGGCCUCUCGUGUGGAGACGUGUAUCAAUUUAAAAUCUCUUCUACUCACAUCGUCUCACUGUGAGCCCCACAGUGUCCACAGCCAGUUUCAAUAAAUCAGGCUUCGUUCAUGUCAGAAUUAAUUUACACGCCUGGAUUCUAUUAGUGCAUGAGUGUGUGUUUGUCACCGCCAGCAGUGUGUGUUUCUGCAGCCUAAAGAGUUCUUGGAACAUGCGACAAUGUGGUUUCACGAUGGAUUGAGUUUAUGACUUGACAUGUAAACCCAAUUUUCACAUUUACAAAAGAAGUGCAAGUGUAAUGUGCUGUCAGUGUCACAUUCCUAUAAGAUCCCAUCACUAGGGAUUGUGAAUGUGUGUGGUAUAUACUGUAUGUCUGGCCCUAUGUGUGCUUAUGUGUCUUUUGUGGGUUUACAAAAACCCUUAAGUGACUCCAGAUGUCCCAGGGCAGCACGCCGGUGGGUCUCAUUGAACAGCAGUUCUUUGACUCUGUUAAUACCUUGUAUAUAAACCUUCCAUAACAACUCCCAUUAGAUACAAAUUAAGAGUGUGUGCAGAGUGGACUCCACUUGUGUGGGUGGUGCAUUUAUUGCACAUGCGUCUAAUAGAGUGUUAUUUUCUCAUAAUAACUUCCAAACAAGCUACUUGAACUGGGAUUUUGGGACAGACUCACAUAAUUUCCCCUUUUUGAUUGUCUCUCACUCCACCACUUUUUCCAAACUGUAGAGAAACGUAGUUUUUCCGGGUGUUUCAUGCAGUUUUUGCGCUCACAGACUCACUCCUGUGAGUGUGAACUCUAGUUUUCCACGUGCAGGACAUGCUAAUCUGAGAAGUCUGUAGCUGUGACCCGCAGACAUGUACUUACUGGAAAGCCAGAGAAAACAGUUUUAGUUCAUCAGGAUGGAAAAGAGGAGUAACUGCGUGAUAACAGUGUGUGUGUGUACAUUUGUGUGCGUGUGUGGCUGGCUGAGAGUCUGGUCUACGCACUGUCUGUCUGCACAGACAAGGAUUUGGUUUUAUCAGCAGACAGUCAGACCUUGUAGGUGUUUUCGGAUAAGACAUGAUGUCCUAAUAUGGCUUGGUUAGUCUCACUCACCAGCAGAGACUGUUCAGGCUUUAAACUCCUCAGACUGCUCAUCAGGGAUUUUUCCUCUUCCUCUCAUCUCCUUAGGUUCAGUGAAGUCAGAUGGAAAGCCGAUGGAUAAAUCUAGGAUGGCAGUAAAGUCCUCUGGUCUACAGCGCUCCUCUUCUGAUGCGGGUAAAGAGCACAGAAAUGGCACCAGUGCUGGUGAGCAGCGUAAACCUCCGUCUGGCCUGGUCAGGCCCUCAACUGGUGGAAACUUUGGCUUCAAGAAGCCCAACACGGUUAAUGGCACAAACAACUCCAGCACACCCACUGUCACCAGUACAGGUGGCAGCGGCAUACCCUGCAACUCUGCAGCUGUGGGGAAGACAGCCAAAACCUCUGGUAUUCCUGUCAAACCAGUGUCUGGUGGUGGUGGCGGUGGAGGACGUAAGACAAGUCUGGAUGUUUCUAACAGCGACCAGAGCGGUUUUCUAUCUCCUAAUGCCAGGACAUCUCUUCAGUACCGCUCUCUGCCUCGCCCUGCUAAAACCAGCACCCUCACUUUGACAAGACCGAGCUCAGCCCGCCCUGUGAGCACCACCAUGGACGCAGGCUCAGGGCUGAUCAAACCCUCCACAACAACACCUCAGGGCUCGAGACUCAAAGAGCCCUCCUCAGGACAUGGUUCUGGAUCAGGGUUGAGCAAGGCAGGCGGUCGUGGGAUCCCAAGUCCCAGUCCUGUCAACCUAACAGACAGGGAGAAAGAGAAAGAGAGAGCCAGAACUAAAUCUGUGGUAUCCGACUCUGAGUGUGGAGGCGGGUCACUGAAGGGCAGCCCUGCCCAGACCCCCUCUGAGAACGGAGGAAAGCUGCAGGGGCUGAGACCACCAAGCAGUGUCAAGAGCAUGGAUCUGACCUCACCCAACACACACAGGUACCAGGUUUUAUACUGUAACACUAAACAGACCUUCUCUUCUAUCUUCUCAACACUUAGACAUCCAAAUCAUGAAUGUGCAUUUGUUCCAUCUUUGCUCCUCUUCUUUCUUUGACUGCAGGUUAUCUGGGGUGCGCAGUCUGGCUAAACCUCCAUCUAUGGUCCAACUGGACAAGUUGAACUCCAACAGCCUAGAUGUAGGAGUUCAUGACUCCCUCCCACCCAAGAUCCCUCCCUACUCUAAGCUCCAGGACUUAGCCAGCUCUGCUGGUCCCUGCCUGACCCCGAGCCCUGCCCCUGUGCUUAAUGUGAACUCCUCUGCCUGCUUCUCCACCUCUGGCACCAGUUUGGGACCCAGGCAGGUCUCCUCUCUGGGAGUUGAAGUGAACGCAGGAAGUACUUCUCCUCUUCUCUACCCUCGCCUUUCUGGGCUUCAUCGCAGUUUGGAGUCCCUUCCGCUGCAUAUGAGUCUGGCCCCGGAGCCAAAGGAGAAAGAAAGGGAGAGCUUGGUGCGAGGCUACACCACCUUAGAGUCUCGAGACAAAGAUAGGAAAGAAGACAGAGGCCCUCCUGCAAGCUGGAGCUCUGGAAGCAAAAUCUCAAUGUCUCUUAUCGACAGGUGGGAGUCACUUCUGUAUAUUUGCACAUCAUUUAAAGCAACUCUAACUCCACCAGCUUUAUGCAUGGGGCAAGUAUUGUCUUGGUAGUUUUGUAAUAGUGUAUAUAGCUCCACCUACUGGUCAGUUGUGAAACUGCACAAGAAAAUCACAGUUAAAUGUCUUUAACCUUUUUGUCAUGGACUACAUUCUUUUGCACAUGAGAUGCUUAUACAAAUGUAUGAUUUGCUGAACAAACACACACACACACCUACACAAAAACAAAUUAAUGAAAGAGCUAAAAAUAGCAUCUACAUUGCGUACUCCCAAGUACGGCCAACCAUAUGCACGCACCCUCACAGACUGAUGGGUUUCUGGGCUGUUAUUAUUACAGGCCUAUUAUCAGUGCUGUACAGGCCCCAGUGACUGAAGUCAUAAUUACGGCCUGACACCAGCUGGCUGACAGUCGUUCUGUACCUCUUUGUGCCUGCUGCCUGUUCUUGAGAGUCUAAUAACUCCCUGCAGCAGUUGUUAAAUAAUGACUUUGUUUAAUCUCCACAGCUCUCACAGAGACAGAAACACGCUGCCAAAGAAAGGUUUGAGGUAAGUGGACACACACAUGCGAAACACACCCUUAUUAACGAGAUUUUCAGGCACUGAUAGUUUGAUGCAAUUUGGCUGGAGUUCAUUAAUAACACAAGUACAGAGAUCCCAUUGAUAAGAUUUUGCCAGUGAGUGACAGAUUUGUUAAUCCCCAAUUUUCCUGUCAAUUGUACUAGAAAAAGCAAGACUUAAGCUCUCAAAAUUGACUCAUUGUGGAUUCCUGGGAACAUUUUUUUUUUUCAUGGAAAGAUGUUGUUUUCUGUAUAAAAAUUCCCCUGCAGCAUUCAUAACAGUAUAUUAACAUUUAGUAAACAGUUAACAGCAAACUUAUAUACUUUCAUGUAAAUUUUAGAUAUGUUUCUAGUUUGAAAACUAAAUUGUGUGCAGUUGGAAGUUCUUCUUCUUCUUCUCUUUGUUAAACAUGAGCAGUAACAGAAACAGACUGUCAUAUCUGCUUAUGAUUAAAAUAACAGUGUGUUGUCUUAUGGCGCAGACUGUUUGUGCCAGCUGUACUGUCACUUUUUCCAUGAUGACCAGUCACUGACUCUGUUUUCUGUCUGUGUAGUUUCAGCGGUGCCUCCCAGGUUGAGGAUGAAGGGAAGGAAAAAGGGGAAAGGAGACACUCCCAUAGUAUCCUUAGUAUGACUGACUCACUCACUCUCCCACUGCUGUCCUCACCCACCUCCCUACCCCGAACCUCCAAGACCAGUGUGGGUGAGUAUGCUGUAAUGUUCACUGGUCUUUUUCUGUAUUUAUGUCAGUCCAUGUAUAAAACAGGCAAAUUAAUCAUAUCAAACACUUCUGGUUUCUUUGUAGUACCCAGUCCAGUUGGUGGACCUCCAAGAAUGACCCGAUCCAACAGCAUCCCGACACAUGAUGUCUCUAUGGAGCUGUUUGGAGCUUCUCCACUAGGCAGCACUCUGUCACUGGCUGACCGUCCCCGCAGCAUGGGAAUGGUUCGUUCAGGUUCCUUCAGAGACAAAGAGGUGGAUGAGGGUGAGCCCCUGAAAGUUUUCCUCAUCUUUACAUACUUCUCCUCAUCUCCGUGUUUCUAAUUGAGACUCUUACUGGUUUGCUUUUCUCUAAUUUUGUCUUUUUCAGUCCAUGGAUCUGUACUUUCCCUGGCAUCCAAUGCUUCGUCAAACUACUCAUCGGUGAGUGUGGGCGGCAUGCAGACUCAGGUAGCUACAGCUCUACAGUAUAUGUGAUAUGGUGUGUAUUAAUGUGUUUUUGCAGUGAUUCUUCUUUACUCUUAAAAAGCUGCACACAAGAGGCAAAACUCUCUAACUCUAGCUACCAAAUGCCUUCUUAGUCUCCUUUCCUUGCCUGUCCUCUCCUUUCGUCUCUUCUAACAUCUUGACUUUUCCUCCUCCUGCUUCCAAAGGCUGAGGAAAGGAUUCAAGGAGAGGUAAGUGUCUUCUUUCCGGCGCUUUUGUCCUCUCCAUCUCAUGACAGCUCACCUUGAUCCAUCACUCUCAUCCCAAUUGUCUGUGACAGAAGACGUCUAUUGUUAACUUCAUGGUCAACAUCCUCUUGAUAUGUUGCUGGUGUAAUAUCAAUCGAUGUCAGCUCUACUAACCUGGUAUUUUCUGAAUUUUUUAAAAACCUAUGUUGUGUUUUUUUGCAGCAAAUCCGUAAGCUGAGGAGGGAGCUGGAAUCAUCCCAGGAGAAGGUUUCCAACCUGACGACUCAGCUGACUGCAAAUGUACGUAAUCAAAGCCCACUCACUUAUCACUCAUUCAUUCAUAUGACAGAGCUCAUGUGUGAAAAGCUUUCUUUUGUAUAAGUCAGAGAUUUUCUCAAAAAAAAAAAAAAAAAGAAAAAAGAAAAAUUGGCUCAAUAUAUUAGGGAAUAGUCCUUAGAUUUUGUAACAUGUCCCUCCAUUUACUUAGAGGUAAAAAAAAAAAAAUCCAAAACAUAGUAAAAUCAAUCACCUGCCAUCUCCAAUUUCUAGCUUUUCCCUUCAGGCGAUUUAUUUGUAAUGGUUCCUCCCUCCUAUUAAAACCCCAUUUCAUGUCACUCAUCUUGAUAAACUGUCCAGCUCAACAUGACAUCUAGCCUGAGGCAAGGGUAACUGAUACCCACAGAGACCCCUGAGUGUUGAGUAAGCAGUCCAAGGCUUAAAGAAAAGAACAAUGUCAGAGAGUCGCCAACAUUUUUUGCGUACAUUUUUUUCCUUUUUGGCUUUUUGCUGCUUCUGGUAGAAACAAACAAACAAAAAAAAACCAGCAGAUUGACUUAUUAAUUUGAAGCUUGUUUAUUGCUUUUUCGAUUUUCUCUAAUCAUGAAAAAAACAAACACAACAAUUCCUUUUCCCAUAACCUCUAAUACUUUAUACUUCUCCAAAUAGAUUAUCACAACAGAUUGAACACAUUUCAAAACUACUUGAUAGGCUGGACUCUCGCACUUGCUAACUGUGUCAGACUUUUCUACUAUUGCUCCUUCCAAUCAUAGAAAAUUAAUCAGUUAUUUUGAUUUAUCACUAUGCAAAUAUUGAAGUCUGAGGCUGGCUAAAAUGCAACAGACUAAUACUUUACUGUUGUGGGUCUUUUGAUUGGAUUGGUUGCAUUAAUAAAAAUGCCCGUACUCUCUCUCCCUGCCUCUACGAACCCUAUAUUUUCACACAAGGUGAGGAAUGUGCCCUUCUUUCAAACUGUAAGAGAAACCCUCAGAGAGAUUAAUAUUAAACCGUGGCAUGCCAGUCAUACAUCAUUUCUGUGCAGCCUCAGCACAGUUCUCAUCAGUGUUAAGACAUGAAUAAUGUUAACCUCCUACUGAACCUCUCCCUGAGCCACACACACGUAUUCAUGCUCACUCUCACGCUCAUGCUCAUGCAGGUACCAUGCCCUUCCCUUUAUUCUGCAAGGUUGUUCCUGUAACACCACUCUGUCAGCACUCCCACUGGUCCAAGUGCAACAGUACAGUGCAGGCAAUAUUCAUGGCUUCAUGCAGCACGCAUCAAUCAAGUGUUUCCUUUGUCUUCAUGUAUGUGUGUGCAAAUCUGUCCCCCCCUGCAGGGAUUCAUACUGUUUGACCUUAUUAUUAUUAUGUGGGGGACAGUGAAUAUGCAAAACAGAUGUCUGGAUCACAACAGGAUUAGGUGCUGGAUUAAUGGCGCAGCUGAAUCCAUUAUUUUACUGUAAUAAUGUACUCUAUAAAGGGAAAGGGAGAGUCAAUUCCCUUCCUGUUGGCGUCUAAAUUGGGCAAGUAUGUGAGGGGGAGAAUUUAGGGAGGAGGUUGUUUUUCCACCUGGGGACAUCCUGUUCAGCCCUUAUGUGUUAUUCAGAGAGAAAAUUACAGACUUUCAAUACUCUUUCUGUGUCUAAAAUAUGUUUUACCGCCAUGAAAGUCCAUGUCGGUGUUCGUUAAAUGUUUCUGAUAAAUCUGUUAUGUAAAGCUGUUUUCAUAUGUGUUGCUUUUUUCUUCCAUUUUUCGAAUAGGCAAAUCUGGUAGCCGCCUUCGAGCAGAGUCUGGCACUGAUGACAACUCGGCUCCAAAGUCUGUCAGUGAGCCAUGAGCAGAAGGUAACAUUGCAAACACGUAUCAUUUAUUCACAUCAUAUAUUUUACUUAUGCAACUCAGGACCAUGUGAAAAAGAACAAAAAAGCAUGAAACAAAUGAAUUUAACAAAACCAAUUCAAACAUAUCUUAACCCAUCUUUUGACACUUGUUAUUACACAGAUACUACACCCUCUGAUUUUAACUAAGCUGAUCAUACUUCUGUGGACCAAAGGAAUUUCGGCGUUGUUCAGUUUGAUAUAACAGAAAUAGACUCUUUUUACUCGAGGCAGGCAGCCAAGAGCAGUUAUGGUGCAAACACAGCGAGGUGACUUUGAUCGCAGCCUGCAAAAAAGAAGCUAAAUGUAGGUUAGAGGCCCGGGCUCUGUCCCUCAGGGUUACUUAGUGCCUCAAAGUGCAAACAGUUUGCACGUGCGCUCACACCAAACAGCACAUUCCAGCAUUCUUCAGCCUUUGUAUCUGCGUUGGUGUGAGAGAAUUGAUCAGGGCUGGAGGUGGUGUUCAGUGUGUGUAAAAAUGAGAGGAGUCUCUCUCGGCGCUUCAUGCCUUGCUGCUCCCUCUGAAAGGCUCGUCUAGACCCUCCAGUAAAAGUCUUUGUUGUCAGUGCCAGCGCACUGACCUGUGCAGCUCAGCCUGGAGCAUGGGCUUUUUAACUUUGAGGAGACGGGUCGGGCAGAUCCAUUUAGGGAGGAGUGCAAUCGACUUGAACACACAACAAGCAGCACAGAGAGGUUCCCUUGUUUCCCUUGUCCUUGUGAACCAUUAACAUCCGAGAGAGUUGAAGUUUCUAAUGUUGGUUGAAGUUUUAGUGGUAGAUAAAAACACCUAUUGUCUCCAAAUUAUAUUAAAAUGUUGCAAUGUUUGUUCUGAAUAUUUCAAAGUAGGACAAAAAUCAGAAACUCAACUCUGAAACUCAUAACUCAACCAUUCAUGUUUAAUAUGAGGAUUUAUCUCCAUUCUCUGAGACUGAGCCAUAGAAAUGAUUUAAAAUAAUAUGUGUGCAUAACAUUGUAGUGUUAUGAAAGAUUUGUGAUCGUUCUAUAUACGUAGAUAAAAACAUCACUAUUAAUAGUUCAUUUACGUAUUUAGUUUCCUUCGUCAUGUUUUACUGAAACACAUUUUCUGUGCUGACCCAUUUUUAAGGGCCUCGUUUAUUUAUAAUGGAGUCAACUGAAAACAAAACAACUCCUGAAUGUUUAAAAGUUCAAUGUUGUUUCUUUCAAAGUUAGUUGUAGUGAAAAGCUGCAACAUUUUUCUUAAAUUUGUAAUCUGACUUUUUGACAUUCUUGCGCAGGACUCUGAGCUGGUCGAGCUGAGGGAGACCAUCGAAGCUCUGAGGAGCAAGAACGAAGAAGCCCACGCUGUCAUACACGGAGCUCUAAACAACCCAGACAACACGAAAGGUUUGAGGGGUGGCCUGUUGAUCAUUCUAUCCACCUCUUUGUCUCUGUAAGUUCACCUGUUUUGACGCUGGGUGUCAUGUUUUACCAGAUCUACAAAUACGACGUCAGAACUCGUGUGAGAGCAUCUCCAGCCUCAACAGCCUGACUAGCAUGUCGAGUAUGGGCAGCUUGAAGGACGUAGAUGCAAAGAAGAAGAAGAAAAAGAGCUGGGUAAGAACGCACCCUGCAUGUGAACUGAUCUUUUACUCUCUCAGAUUGGUGUCAGUUUGCGCUCAGAGUAACAUCAUGUAGAUACACAACCCGACAAAAGCGAGUAUGACCAGCCUCUCCCUCUCCUGUGUUGUGCUAUUUUUAUUUGUAGGUCUUUGAGGUGAGUUCAGUUAUUGUGUACCAAUUUAGACUCUGUAAUUUUCUAUCAUACAGCAUAAUAGACUAUCAACACAACCGUCAAGUACCCUCCAUCUCUGCUCAUUGACCUCCCAGAUUAACAGUGGACUGUGAUUUAGAUAGAGAGGCAAUCAGCAGACAUGAUGUAUCAUAAAAAGUGGAGUCCUUAAUUUGUUUGUUUUUGUAAUCAGAGCUAAUUAAAUACCAUCUUUCUUUUUACAUAAUUUAUUCCAGUUAAACGUCUUACUCAGUAACUCAAAGACAUCCAGCUGCUGGGUACUACUAAUAUGCAAUCACGUUUGACCCAUUUACAGAAAAAAACAGAAAGCGCAAAGGACUGUUUUGUAAUUUUGGGGGAAAACACUUGUACCUGUCAUGCUGAGUUUAAAAAUAAAGACCAAAGCAAGGGAACAAGUAGCUCCAAAGAUUAACUCCAAAUCUUCUUGUCUCUUUCCUGUUGUAAACAAGAAAGCAAACAAGUGUUUACCAAGAUGACAAACUGCUCCUGUCAUGUUGGCAUGUGUCAAACUAAUAAUGCUAACACCGUUUUCUCAGAGUAAAAAAUCUGAACAUCAGUUUAAUUUGUGUCUGUCUCCUCCAUGCUUCGUCCUUCUCAACUAUGUAGCUAAGGAGCUCCUUCAACAAGGCAUUCAGCAUCAAGAAAGGCUCCAAAACAUACUCUGACAUCGAGGAAAUUGCCACCCCUGAUUCCUCGGCUCCCAACUCUCCAAAGAUGAUUCACGAGGGCGGAGAAGUAGGAGAAAACCUGUCCUCGUCUCUUCAAACUUCAGCCUCUGCCACUUCUUCUGUGUGAGUACACAAACAGUCACUGCAGCUAAAGAGUGAGAAAGCCUGUGGUUUACAAAGAUCUCCGGUUCUGAUGGUUGUUUCCUGACCCCUCCAGGAUCAUGGAGAGUACAGAAGAAGGUGACGGUGAGGAAACAGCGGUAUCAGAGUUGCGCUCAGAGCUCUGGGUGAAAGAGAGAGAGCUGACAGACAUCCGACUAGAGGCUCUGAGCUCUGCACAUCAGCUGGAGCAGCUAAGAGAGGCCAUGAACAACAUGCAGGUUUGUUUUCUAAUAUCCACAUGCAUGAAGUAUAAAUGUAGUUUGACUUUAAUGCAACUUGAAUUUAAUGUUUUUUUCCUCCUGUGUCCCAGUCAACAGUCGAGAACCUGAAGGCGGAGAAUGACCAUUUGAAAACAGGAAGUCAGGUGCAUCUACCCGGCUCUGGCCCUACGUCUUCCACCUCCCAGCCCUCAGGCCUUGCCUCGCUUCUGGGACCCUCGCUGAGGCAGCCAAUGACCAUGUCCCUCACCAAGUCCUUCAGCCUCAGUCUGAAUGAUUGUAAAGAUCCAGGUAAGAGAAAAACAAGAAGAUUUCACUGAUAAUCAUGUCACAAACAAAAAUACAGAAUGGGGUAUAGCUAAACUCUCCUCAACUCUUUUCCAGACUUGUCUCCAGUCGAGACGCUAAGUGUAACCUCCCAACUCGAUGAGGUGUCUGCACGAGUAGUGGUCCGUGUUGGGGAUCAAACAGAGGUAAACAAAGAACUCCUUUAGUAGCUACAAUAUUAAUGAUGUAUCCAAAAAUCAAAAAGACUGAGCGCCUGUUCCCUCUCUGCGUCGUAACAGGACAGUAAACAGCAGGAGUUCUACCUGGGCUCAGUGACGAUCAGUGCGAGGACAAACUGGGCCUGUCUGGACUCUCUUAUAGCUAAGACUUUCAAGGUGAGUACAUACUUUUCCUCUUUCUGAAAAUAAAAGUAUACACCUGGUUUCAUAAAAUAACUUUUUUUUUCUUUAAUUUAAUCAGGACUACCUAACUCAAGUGGACCCUGCAUCCAGUCUGGGUCUGUCCUGCGACUCUCUGCACAUGUACCAGCUGACACAGGGAGGGCAGAGGGUAAUCGGUGGAGACAAACCUCAAACCUCACCUUUUCAUUGCCUCGGCGGUGGUUCAGCUCAAAUAUGUGUCACCCUGAAAGGUAAGUGAUGUUGUAAACUGACAGAACAAACUACUGCUGAAGGUGUGUAACUCACAAUCACGUCAAAUUUCAUUGUCUGUCCCUAUCCAGGUCUCAAAGAGAAAUGUGUUGACUCACUGGUGUUUGAGACUUUGAUUCCAAAGCCGAUGACGCUGCACUAUAUCAGCUUGCUGCUGAAGCACAGACGUCUGGUUCUGUCUGGGCCAAGCGGGACAGGAAAGACUUACCUUGCUCAGCGUCUAGCUCACUACCUCCUGCAGCGAAGCCAGAGCGAGUCGCCUGAGGCCGAGCAUGAGCCCCUCGUAGGUCGCAGUGCCGCUGUUACUUUCAACAUGCAUCGUCAAACCCAGAAGGUGAAGAACUACUGAGGAUCUUUAUCAGCCACUUAUCUUGUGGCCUUGGUUUUAAAGAAACUGAAGUUUCCUUUUUAUCCUUUGUUUUCUCAGGAGCUGCAGUUGUAUCUGUCCAAUUUAGCCAAUCAAAUUGACAGAGAGAGCGGAGGAGAGCUGCCGCUGGUUGUUUUGAUAGACGACAUCAGCGACUCAGCAGCUAUAACUGAGCUUGUUAAUGGGGCCCUCACCUGCAAGUAUCAUAAAUGGUUAGUAUCUUUAGACACUCAGAGUAUUUAAAGAGACAAAACGAGAUAUCGUAGAAUUAAUCCUUUCUUCUGUUUAUGUCUCAGUCCAUACAUCAUUGGAACUACCAAUCAGCCAGUAAAGAUGUCGUCUAACCACGGGCUGCACCUCAGCUUCAGGUAAGCCCAAAGUUCAAGAAUGCUCACCAAACCUGCUCAAUUUUCAACUGCGAAAAUAGAUAAGAAGUGUUCAUACUGUUUAUGUCAUAUUUCUCGCAUGUGUAACCACAGGAUGGUGAUGUUCUCAAAUAACGUGGAACCUGCAAACGGGUUCCUGACAAGGUACCUGCACCGUAAAGCUGUGGAGGCCUACCAGAAGACGGAGCACGAUGCAGCACAACAUCAGGCUCUCCUGCGUGUACUAGACUGGGUCCCUCAGCUUUGGUACCACCUCCAUGCUUUUCUGGAGAAACACAGCACUUCAGACUUCCUUAUAGGUGAGAAACAGCAGACAGAAAACAAGAAACAUAGUUUUAAGUAGAUAAUAAUAAUAAUAAUAAUAAUAAUAAUAAUAAUAAUAAUAAUAAUAAUAAUAAUAACUAGUAAUAACUUUAUUUUUAAAGCACUUUUAAAAACAGAAGUUUACAAAGUGCUUUGAGAGAUAGUCAUAAAGCACAGAACAUCAGCACAUGGAAAUAAAAACAAACAAAUACAAAAGCUCAGUUAAAACAAGGCCUCUGAAUUGAAUGACAAUUUCAUUGUCAUAAGGAACCCAGACAGACCAUGAGGACAAAAAUAGUAACAUAAAAAAGGUCAGAAAAAGAAAUUAAAUUAAAAAAAGGGGUGUUGAAAGCAAAAAACAGGAUAGUAAAUGUAAAAGAUAUUAACAAUGAUAAUAAAAUAAUAACAAAAUAAUAAUGAUAAAAGUUGUAAUGAUAAAAUAGAAUAACAAAAAUGAGCAAGAAAAAAUAAUAAAAUCAAUAAAAGGCCUAAUAUGUUAAAUAAGAAAAGAUUACAAGAAUAACAAAGGCUAAAAACAGACAGUAAGCCGAAAUAAGAUAGAGGUAAAAGAGAUAAAAGAGAAAAGACGGCAUCACAUAAAUCUAGUCUGUGAAACUGAGUUUUUAAAUUUGACUUCAAAGAAGCAAUUAGAUCUGUAUCAAGAGCAAGUUUCACUUCUUCCUUCAGGUCCCUGCUUCUUCCUGUCAUGUCCCGUAUCAGUGGCAGAGUUCAGGCAGUGGUUUAUCGACCUCUGGAACCACUCCAUUAUACCGUACCUGCAGGAGGGAGCCAAAGAUGGCAUCAAGGUAAACACACAGACAUCCUCCUCAUCUGACAUACAUUUAUAUAUGCAGUAACAACUGUCAUUCAGCUCCAAUAACUCACUUUUCUGUUUGUUUUCUUCUUUAUUUAAUUGUUCUCACAGGUCCAUGGUCACAAAGCAGUAUGGGAGGAUCCAGUGGAGUGGGUGAGGGGAACUCUCCCAUGGCCCAACGCCCAGCAGGAUCAGUCCAGGCUCUUUCAUCUACCUCCCCCCAGCAUCGGUCCACCCAGUGAGGACAAGAAGCUCCCAAAAGAGACACCUCCACCCAGCACACUGGAAUCAGACCCACUGGUGAGUGUGGAGGAAUUCAUAUUUCUAUUCAGAUCUUUAGAUCAGAGAAAGUCUCAAUCACAUACUUUAAGAUGAUCCUGUUUUGUAACACAAAAAUUGGUCAUUUAAGCUAGAAAAGGAUCUGCAUCUGAUGUGUAAAUGCAGAGCCACCACUGCAGCAGAGAAAAUAGUGUGCAGGGUUUUCUGUAGCCAUAUGGAAAACACGGGUAAACGGUUCAAAAACAUUUUAUUAGACACAACAAUACAGCACAACAUCCAGGGACUCUUAAAUCACUCAAUCCUUUAUCCAUCUGUUUAUCCCACAUUGACCUCCUGGUAUGGAAUGUGUUUGCUGACUUAUGCUAUACUAAGUGACAGCAGAUCUCUGGGGCCCCUUUUAGGGUGCCAGAUUGCAUCCCCAACCUGGACCCCAGGUUUAAAACUAAUGACUUAGACAGUUGCAUCACUUUAGUCCACAGUUUUUGUCAAAAGUCUUACUUAAUUCAGUUAUUUUUCUAGAUCUGAUUCACUGAUUUUCCUGUUGAAGACAUAAAACUUUUACUGUACUCUGUACUUUAAUUCCCCCUGUCUCUAUACUUCCUUCUGGUGUCCACAGAUGGCCAUGCUGCUGAAGCUUCAGGAGUCUGCAAACUACAUCGAGUCUCCAGAGCGGGAGGGCUGUCUGGAUCCCACUCUGCAGGCUACACUCUGA